GCUCUCAUUGAGAGCCCUGUAUGGGGGGAUCUAAGCCUUGCUACAGCCAUGCAGGGCUUGGAACUGCACCGUCCCAACAUUAACUGAGCUUCCCUGUCUGUUUCUUCGUUUGGCUGUCUCUGGUUAUGGGUGAUACACCCAGGAAAACGCUUACUUACCAUCAUACCCUGGUGAGUCCCAUCAUAUCCCAUAAUUUUGCUGAGUACCCCAUGCUGACAAACACCUACCCACUGCCGAGUACCCCAUUCUGACUAACACCCACUGCCGAGUACCCCAUGCUAACACCUACCGACUGCCGAGUACCCCAUGCUAACAGCUACCCACUGCCAAGUAGCCCAUGCUGACUAGCACCUACACACUGUGUAUUACCCCAUGCUAACACCUACCCACUGCCGAGUACCCCAUGCUAACAGCUACCCACUGCCGAGUACCCCAUGCUGACUAGCACCUACACACUGCGUAGUACCCCAUGCUAACACCUACCCACUGCCGAGUACCCCAUGCUGACUAGCACCUACACACUGCGUAGUACCCCAUGAGAACACCUACCCACUGCCAAGUACCCCAUGCUGACUAGCACCUACACACUGGGUAGUACCCUUUGCUGAUUCCCACCUACCCACUGCCGAGUACCCCAUGCUGACUAGCACCUACACACUGCGGAGUACCUCUUUCUGAUUCUCACCUUCCCACUGUCGAGUUACCCGUGCUGAUUACCACCUACCCACUACUGUGUACAGCAUGCUGUGUCCCAACUACCUACUGCAAAAUAACCCAUGCUGAUUUCCCCCUACCCAGUGCAGAGUAACCCAUGCUGACUAACACCUUCUCACUGAGGAGUAACCCUUGCUGAUUCCCACCUACCCACUGCCGAGUUCCCCAUGCUGAUUACUACCUACCCACUACUGUGUACAGCAUGCUGUGUCCCAACUACCUACUGCAAAAUAACCCAUGCUGAUUUCCACCUACCUACUGCAAAGUAACCCAUGCUGAUUCCCACCUACCCACUGCCAAGUACCCAAAGCUGACUAACACCUAUCUUCUGACCAGCACCUACCCUCUAGUACCCAAUGCCAUAGGUCUACUGCCAGUAUCCCAUGCUGACUAACAUCUACCCGCUGUCAAGUACACCAUGCUGAUUGACUUUUGCCACUUCUGAGUACCUCAUGCUGAUUCCCUUGCAACUAUGUUGAAUAUCUCAUUAUGAUUCUCAUGUAAUAGCCUUGCUGAUUUCUUCCUACCCCUGCUGAGUAGACGUUGCUGAUUUCUUCCUACCCCUGCUGAGUAUCCCUUGCUGAUUUCUUCCUACCCCUGCUUAGUAUCCCAUGUUGAUUUCUGUUCUACCCCUGCUUAGUAUCCCAUGUUGAUUUCUGUUCUACCCCGGCUGAGUAUCCCUUGCUGAGUCCUCUAAACCAGUGGUUCCCAACCCAGUCCUCAAGUACCCCCUUACAUUCCAGGAUUUAGGGAUUACCCUGUGGUGUCUAAGGUGUUUUUAGAAAACCAAAACCAAAAAACACUUUAGACACAACAAGGUGUCUAAAUCCUGGACCGGUGGGUGGUACUUGAGGACUGGGUUGGGAACCCCUGCUCUAAACCCCUACUGAGUAUCCUAUGCUGAUUUCUUCCUACCCCUGCUGAGUAUCCCUUGCUAUUUUCUUUCUACCCCAUGGUGAGUAUCCCUUGCUGAUUUGUACCUACCCCUGCUGAGUAUCCCUUGCUGAUUGGUACCUACCCCUGCUGAGUAUCCCUUGCUGUUUUCUUUCUACCCCUGCUGAGUAUACCUUGCUGAUUUGUACCUACCCCUGCUGAGUAUCCCUUGCUGAUUUGUACCUACCCCUGCUGAGUAUCCCUUGCUGAUUUGUACCUACCCCUACUGAGUAUCCCUUGCUGACUCCUCUAAACCACUGAUGAGUAUCCCUUUCUGAUUUCUUUCUACCCCUGCUAAGUAUCCCAUGCUGAUUUCCUCCUACUCCUGCUAAGUAUCCUUUGCUGGUUGUCAUAAUCCUGCUAACUCUCAUCUAUUCCAACUCAAUAUGUUCCUAUCCUUACUAUUCUGGGUUUCACCUUUCACCAAAUGGUGAUGAAUACUGGUGGCCCUCCCAUUGCUUUUCUUAUUUUAACUAGUUUUGCUGAGUCCCCCCACCAAACCCUGCUGAUUCACACAUAAUGGUUCUGAGUCACACCUAAUGCUACCUAAUUACAUUUAAAAAAUCCAUAAUGUUAAUUAGCAUUAUGGGGUCUGAUCGAACAACCCCAGUCCAUCCUAAUUUCAAGUCCACCCUAACCCUGCCGAGUCCCUUUAAACCUACUGUGUCCAUUCUAACUCUGCUGAGUCCGUCCUAACUCUGUGCCUAUCCUAACUCUGAGCCCACCCUAACCUUGCUGAGCCCCUUUAAACCUGCUGUGUCCAUCCUAAAUCUAUGUCAAUCCUAACUCUGAGCCCACCCUAACCUUGCUGAGUCCCUUUAAACCUGCUGUGUCCAUCCUAGCUCUGCUGAGUCCCUUUAACACUGCUGACUUGCUUGAAAAUACAGCAGAAUGCUGGGGGAGGUUGAAAACUAUGAAAUUACAUCUUCAGCUAUAAAGAGAGUUUCAAUAGGGAUGCAUUUUUGAGUUAUUGCAGUAUUAUCUGAUAUCUGAUGGCACUAAGAGUUUUCAGUCUGUGAUAUCUGCAUGCGAUGUGAUCAGUGCUAAUUGGUAGUUAUCAAUUCAGUGAAUGCUAAACCUGUUAAAAAUCUAUUUUCAAGCCCUUGCCUUCAAUAAACCCAUAUUUUAUUCAGGAUAUUCCCCCUGUCCCUCGAAUGUAACCAACGUGCCGGAAUGUAAGCUACCUGCCCAUGUUCCUGUUAAUGUAACUUGCCUGCUCUUUCACCUUAAAUGUAACCUGUUUACCCCUGCAUCUGUGAAUAUAACCUAGCUUCCCCUACACCUAUUAAUGUAACCUACCGCUGCAUCUGUGAAUGCAACCUAGCUUCCCCUACACGUAUUAAUGUAACCUACCUACCCCUGCAUCUGUGAAUGUAACCUACCUACCCCUACACCUAUUAAUGUAACCUACCUGUAACGGACCGUUUCAGCACACAAGGGGUUAAAACCGUUUAGGCGAUAUUCCCCUUUUCAGAUACACUGGCACAGCUACUGCAGAACACCAAACUCCCGAACUGCAUACAAGGGAAUGCUCCAAACACCCGAACUGCAUACAAGGGAAUGCUCCAAACACCCGAACUGGAACCUCACGAAUAGCUGCUAGCAGACGAACAGGAAAAGCACCCAAGCGGCUUACACUCCUGGCAAUCAGUCUCUAACAGCAUACAGUAAAUCCCCCCAAAGACGAGACAAGGCUCCAUGUUGAGGGUCAAGCAGUGGACAGUUUAAUGAGGGCUACCUGCCCAGUAUUUAUGCAGGUCUCCCACCUGGUGGACACUCCCCUAGGGGACCAAAUGGGAGACUGUGACAAAGGACAGACAUGAACCAAUGACAGACACACACAGGUAAAACCUCCCCACAAUGCAUCCUAACUUCCCUCCCUCUGUCCUGGAGAUAAUUGGGAAGUAAUCCAAUUAUCUCCCAGCACAGAGGCAAAACUCCAUUAACCACAUGGCAGUAAAAGACAUAAAAAUGUAUAAAGUUACAAGUGUUGCACAAAACAUAUACAUUCUACCUAUCCCCAGAUAGCUUAGAUCUGAGUGCACAAAAGUACCGAAUAGCGCUCAGAUCCUAUGCACACAGUCCAAUCGCCGUGGAGUUAAGGUGUUCACAAAGUCUGUUCUCCAUCCGAAUAGACUCCACGGGAUGGCUAUCUUGGGUAAUGCAGUUCAUACAGUUUAAACUACCGAAUGAAGAGGCAUCCGGUUAAAUAAAUCUUUUCUGCAGGGAAAAAAAGAUGUCUUUUAACAUGGGGCCAUAGUCUAAAGGCAACAGUCGAGCAGCAGGCUUCUCCAAUGCAAUGUGGCGAGAUUCCUCUCGUCACGCUACCUACCCCUGCAUCUGUGAAUGCAACCAAGCUUCCCCUACUCCUAUUAAUGUAACCUAUCUACCCCUACAUCUGUGAAUGUAACCUAGCUUCCCCUACACCUAUUAAUGUAACCUACCUACCCCUGCAUCUGUGAAUGUAACCUACCUGUUCCUACAUCUUAAAUGUAACCUACCUGCCACUGGCCUGCACCUCUUAAUAUAACCUACCUGCCCCGGUAUCUUGUAUGUAACUUACCUGCCCCUACACCUAUGAAUGUAACCUACCUGCCCCUGUAACUUGAAUGUAACCUACCUGCCCUUGUACCUGUGAAUAUUGCCUACCUACCCCUGUGCCUGUAAAUAUUACCUGCCUGCCCCUGCGAAUGUAACCUACCUGCCCCUGUAACUGUAAAUGUAACAUACCUUCCCCUGUACCUUGAAUGCAACCUACCUGCCCCUGUACCUUGCACCUCAAAUGUUACGUACCUGCCACUGGCCUGCACCUCUGAAUUUUACCUACCUAACCUUGUACCUUUAAUGCAACCUACUUGCCCUUGCACCUGUAAAUGUAAUCAGAACACAAAACAUGUCUCUCACUACACAUGUCUCUCUGCCAGUUAUCUAUCUGGCAAUCAUUUCACUUUCAGUUGUCUCUCUGCCAGUCAUCUCUCCACUAGUUAUCUCACUGCCAAUCAUAUCUCAGCCAGCUAUCUCUCUGCCAAUCAUUUCUCUGCUUAUCAUCUCUCCACUAGUUAUCUCUCCACCAAUCAUCUCUUAGCCAAUCAUCUAUCUGCCAAUCAUCUCUCCUGCAGUUAUCUCACUGUCAGUCAUCUGUCCACCAAUCAUCUCUCCACUAGUAAUCUCACUGCAAAUCAUCUCUCCACCAAUCAUCUCUCAGCCAGUUAUCGCUCUGCCAAUCAUCUCUCUGCCAGUUAUCUAUUUGCCAAUCAUCUCACUUUCAGUUAUCUUACUACCAAUCAACUCUCCACCAAUCAUCUCUCGCCAGUUAUCUCUCUGCCUAUCAGCUCUCCACUAGUUAUCUCUCCACCAAUCAUCUCUCUGCCAAUCGUCUCUCCUGCAGUUAUCUCACUCUCAGUUAUCUCUUCACUAGUUAUCUCUCUGCCAAUCAUCUCUCCUGCAGUUAUCUCACUGUCAGUUAUCUCUCCACCAAUCAUCUCUCUGCCAAUCGUCUCUCCUGCAGUUAUCUCUCAGCCAGUUAUCUCUCCACUAGUUAUCUCUCAGCCAGUUAUCUCUCCACCUAUCAUCUCUCCACUAGUUAUAUCACUGACAGUCAUCAUUCCACCAGUCAUAUCAUCUAUCUUAGCCAAUCAUCUAUCUGCCAAUCAUCUCCUCUGCAGUUAUCUUUCUGCCAAUCAUCUCUCCACUAGUUAUCUCACUGCCAGUUAUCUCUCUGCCAAUCAUUUCUCUGCCAAUUUACCCUUAGCCAGUUAUCUCUCUGCCAAUCGUCUUUCCUGCAGUUAUCUCUCUGCCAAUCAUCUCACUGCCAGGCAUCUCACUGCCAGGUAUCUUUUUGUAUUUGAAUAUAUUUUAUUUUUUUAUUUUAUUACUACUGAUUUGCUUAUUAUGAAUAAAGAGUUUGCAACUAGCUGCCUACUUCUUGUGUCUGGUGGCUGUAUCUGCAGUUCCCAGUGGCUGUGUCUGGUUGCUCUAGCCAUUGGUUAUGUUUGGCUGGUGUGCCCAAUGGCUGUGUCUGCUCACUGUGCUAUGUGGCGUUGUUCAGUGAUUGUGUACAGUGGCUGCGUCUGCUCACUGUGUCUGCUUUCUGUUUCCAGUGGCUGUGUAUGCCUGCUGUGUCAGUGGCUGUGUCUGCUCGCUGUGCCCAGUAAAUGUGACUGCUCGCUGUGACCAGUGGCUGUGUGUGCACGCUGUACCCACUGGUGGUGUCUUCCCUCUGUGCCCAGUGGCUGUGUCUUUGCCCAGUUGCUGUGUCUGCUCGCUGUUCCAGUGACUUUGGCUGCUUUCUGUUUCCAGUGGCUCUGUCUGCUCUCUGUGCCCAAUGACUGAGUCUGGUUGCUCUACCCAUUGAUUAUGUUUGGUUGGUGUGCCCAGUGGCGGUGUCUGCUCGCUGUGCCCAGUGGUGGUGUCUGCUCUCUGUGCCCAGUGGUGGUGUCUGCUCGCUGUGCCCAAUGGCGGUGUCUGCUUGCUGUGCCCAAUGGCGGUGUCUGCUCCCUGUACACAGUGGCUCUGUCUGUUCACUGUUCCAGUGGCUUUGUCUGCUUUCUGUGCCCAGUGGCUGUGUCUGCUCUCUUUGCCCAGUGGCUGUGGCUGCCCGCUGUGCCUAGUGGCGGUGUCUGCUCGCUGUUUCCAGUGGCUGUGUCUGCUUGCUAUGCCAGUGGCAUUGUCUGCUCGCUGUGCCCAGUGGCUGUGUCUGCUCGCUGUUUCCAGUGGCUUUGUCUGCUUUCUGUUUCCAGUGGCUGUGUCUGCUCGCUGUUUCCAGUGGCUUUGUCUGCUUUCUGUUUCCAGUGGCUGUGUCUGCUCGCUGUGCCCAGUGGCUGUGGCUACUUGCUGUUUCCAGUGGCUGUGUCUGCUCUCUGUGCCCAGUGGCUGUGGCUACUUGCUGUUUCCAGUGGCUGUGUCUGCUCUCUGUGCCCAGUGGCUGUGGCUACUUGCUGUUUCCAGUGGCUGUGUCUGCUCUCUGUGCCCAGUGGCUGUGGCUACUUGAUGUUUCCAGUGGCUGUGUCUGCUCGCUGUGCCCAGUGGCUGUGGCUACUUGCUGUUUCCAGUGGCUGUGUUUGCUAGUUGUGCCCAGUGGCUGUGGCUGCUUGCUGUGCCCAGUGGCUGUCCCUGUUUGCUGUUUCCAGUGGUUGUGUCUGCUUGCUGUUUAACCCCUUAAGGGCACAUGACAUGUGUGACAAGUCAUGAUUCCCUUUUAUUCCAGAAGUUUGGUCCUUAAGGGGUUAAAGUGGCUGUCCCUGUUUGCUGUGCCCAGUGGCUAUCCCUGUUUGCUGUGCCCAGUGGCUAUCCCUAUUUGCUGUGCCCAGUGGCUAUCCCUGUUUGCUGUGUCCAGUGGCUAUCCCUGUUUGCUGUUUAAAGUGGUUGUGUCUGCUUGCUGUUUAAAAUGGCUGUCCCUGGUUGCUGUGCCCAGUGGUUGCCCCUGUUUGCUGUUCCUAGUGGCUAUCCCUGUUUGCUGUGUCCAGUGGCUAUCCCUGUUUGCUGUGCCCAGUGGUUGCCCCUGUUUGCUGUGCCCAGUGGUUAUCCCUGCUUGCUGUGCCCAGUGGUUGCCCCCUGCUUGCUGUGCCCUGUGGUUGUCCCUGCUUGCUGUGCCCAGUGGCUAUUCCUGUUUGCUGUACCCAGUGGUUGUCCCUGCUUGCUGUGCCCAGUGGUUGUCCCUGCUUGCUGUGCCUAGUAGCUGUCGUAUCUUGCUGUGUCCAGUGGCUUUGCCCUGUUGUGGGAUUAGAGGAAUAGGCAGAACAUGUUAUGGGGUUAAUCUGUGCGAUGAACAAGUGAUGACAGACAUUUCAGAUUUUCUCUCUUUAUUUCUCUCUGUAAUGUGUAAGCUCCCUCCAUACUGUGUCUGUCCCAUUAUUCUCACAUUUCUCUAUUUUUUAUCUGAAACGACCAGAAUGGAUGGAGACAACAAUUCUCUUCCAUCACAUUCUUUUAACCUGGUAAGACUGCCACCCAUAAUUGUUUCACAUUGAGUGAAAGUGUACAGACCAGCAGAGCACAUUGUGUGACAGUAUACAGACCAGCAGAGCAUGUUGUAUGACAGUUUGCAGACCAGCAGAGCACAUUGUGUGACAGUAUAGAGACCAGCAGAGCACAUUGUGUGACAGUAUACAGACCGGCAGAGCACAUUGUGUGACAGUAUACAGACCGGCAGAGCACAUUGUGUGACAGUAUGCAGACCAGCAGAGCACAUUGUGUGACAGUAUACAGACAAGCAGAGCACAUUGUAUGACAGUAUACAGACCAGCAGAGCACAUUGUGUGACAGUAUACAGACCAGCAGAGCACAUUGUGUGACAGAAUACAGACCAGCAGAGCACAUUGUGUGACAGUAUACAGACCGGCAGAGCACAUUGUGUGACAGUAUGCAGACCGGCAGAGCACAUUGUGUCACAGUAUACAGACCAGCAGAGCACAUUGUGUGACAGUAUGCAGACCAGCAGAGCACAUUGUGUGACAGUAUACAGACCAGCAGAGCACAUUGUGUGACAGUAUACAGACCGGCAGAGCACAUUGUGUGACAGUAUGCAGACCAGCAGAGCACAUUGUGUGACAGUAUACAGACCAGCAGAGCACAUUGUGUGACAGUAUACAGACCAGCAGAGCACAUUGUGUGACAGUAUACAGACCAGCAGAGCACAUUGUAUGACAGUAUACAGACCGGCAGAGCACAUUGUGUGACAGUAUACAGACCAGCAGAGCACGUUGUGUGACAGUAUACAGACCAGCAGAGCACGUUGUAUGACAGUAUGCAGACUAGCAGAGCACAUUGUGUGACAGUAUGCAGACCAACAGAGCACGUUGUAUGACAGUAUGCAGGCUAGCAGAGCACAUUGUGUGACAGUAUACAGACCGGCAGAGCAUGCUGUAUGACAGUAUACAGACUAGCAGAACACAUUGUGUGACAGUAUAUGGAUCAAAGUAUGUGACACACACUGAGUAUGGAUAAAUGGGGGAGAGAUGGUGGGGGUACAGUAACAAAGUAUGUGACACACACUGAGUAUGGAUAAAUGGGGGAGAGAUGGUGGGGGUACAGUAACAAAGUAUGUGACACACACUGAGUAUCCCCAUCAUCUCUCCCCCAUUUACCUAUACUCAUUGUGCGCCACAUACUUUGUUACUGUACCCCCACCAUCUCUCCCAUUUUCCCCACACUCGGUGUGAGUCCUUUACUUUGUUACUGUAUCCCCCACCAUCUCUCCCCAUUUACCCAUACUCAGUGUGCGUCACAUAUUUGUUACUGUACCCCCACCAUCUCUCUCCCAUUUACCCAUACUCAGUUUGCAUCACAUACUUUGUUACUGUAUCCCCAUAAUCUCUCUCCCAUUUACCCUAUACUCAGUGUGUGUUACAUACUUUGUUCCUGUAUCCCUCACUAUCUCUCCCCCAUUUUCCCAUAUUCAGUGUACGUCACAUACUUUGUUACUGUAUCCCACCAUCUCUCCCCCAUUUACCCAUACUCAGUGUGCGUCACAUACCUUGUUUACGUAUCCCCAUAAUCUCUCUCCCAUUUACCCUAUACUCAGUGUGUGUUACAUACUUUGUUCCUGUAUCCCUCACUAUCUCUCCCCCAUUUUCCCAUAUUCAGUGUACGUCACAUACUUUGUUACUGUAUCCCCACCAUCUCUCCCCCAUUUACCCAUGUGGUGGAACCAGCCUCGCCACUGAGCCUCCUGCCAUGUGACUGUGGCCCCUGAGAUGUAUUGCCUGCUCUCCUGUACUACUGAGGAUUGCUACCAACUAGGUGGAUUUGGCAAUGGUAGCAACAGUAAUAUGCACUACCUGAAUAGCAAGACUGGUAAUUUGCAUAUUUGGGUAGAUUUGCAUAUCGCUAAUUCUGCAUGCAGGAGAGACAUUUUGUGUUAAUUAUGGUCUUCCCCACCCAUUUAUAAAUAUGUAAUUAUGUUAUAAUAAGUCACUGUAUGUUGCCUGCUAUGAUUUGACUGUUUGUAAUUUUAUUGAGUUUUCACAGCAAUGUUAAUGUGAAGACCAUAUGGGCAAGUUUUAGACAGUUCUACUUCACCCUCAAUUUGGAGUGCCGUCUCUUAUUGGGGGAAUCUGCUACAAGGCAUUGCUAUGCUAUUCAUACUCCCUUGCUAAAUCACUACUAAGCUCUUGUAAGAGCUUGUUCCUGACUUGCUCUAUGGAGGAGUCUACAGAGGUUAUGGUGUCUGCUGCAGUGCUUGGAGUCCUCAGGAAGUGCUAGGAGCAUCCAUCAACAGAGGUACCCAGUCGGAGUGCCAGGUGAUUCGUUACAACCCAUACAUAGUGUACAUCUUAUACUUUGUUCCUGUAUCCCCCACUAUCUAUCCCCCAUUUACCCCAUACUCAGAGUGUGUCAAAUACCUUGUUCCUGUAUCCCCACCAUCUUUCCCCCUUACUACAGAACGGCCGUGUUUAGGCUACUUCACAACCCACAUCCCAGCCCUCAUCUCUGACUCCUUUAGCGAAUACUUAGUCAUUGCUGACUCACCAGCAUUGAACUUGUUUAUCUUAUCUCAAUGAGAAAUUAUAUUUCUAUUAUAUUUCUCAUAUUUUCUAAGCAAUUCAUUAGCUGCUCUUAUUCUGCAGAAGCACGGCUUUUGGGAAAUAGUUUCAGCCUCUGCGUGCUUGAAGGUGAGGUGAACUAGCCUAAAGUAUUUCCAGACCUCACUGAGUGAAUACAGGUAACUGCAAGCAUUGAAUGAGGUGGGAUUACUCGUAGGUAAUGGCAAACUGGGUAUUUGACAGGUUCUGUCUAUAAUUACAUUUAAACACAGGUGAUAACGUGAGAUUGGGUAAUUGGACUGGGAUUCAAUGGCACAAAGUGAUCCAAACUAAAUGCAUGGAUUAAACAGACAAAAACAGCUGUGUCAGGGCAAGCAGGAGGCACGGAGGUGUAAAGGGACAGCCGUCAAAGCGAGGACACAGGUAGAAUAAAGUUAUAAAUCAAAUAAAGGUCACACAACACAACUCCUGGGAGAAAAGGGAACGGACUCGCUGGAGAGGGAGCGGUCUCAUAUCUAUGGAGGGUGGGGGAAUGGUGCAUUAAAAGCACAGGUGAGACAGACCUUUAACAGAUAUAAGGAGCUGUCCUGCCAGUGAGGGGGUCCUGGGUUUACCCAAAAAUUGCAUGUUUUCACAGUGAUGCAAAGUAAAGGUCUAGACAGAACUGAGAUGUCAAAACGACCAGCACUUGUACCACUGAGGGUAAGUCUCUAUACAAAACCUUGAGUAGCAUUCAGUGUUCAGGUAGCAUAUUGUGCAUUUUUUAAUACUUACUCAGCACCUUGAGUAUCCUCGAGUGCUCAGGGAGCUUAUUGAGUAUAUUUUAAUGUGUACAGAGCCUCGAGUGUUCAGGCAGCAUAUUGAGCAUCUUUUAAUAUUAAAAACAGCACCUUGAGUAGCAUUCAGUGUUCAGUUAAUAUUUGCAUAGCACCUUGGGUAGCCUCGAGUGUUCAGGAAGCAUAUUGAGCAUCUUUUAAUAUUUGCAUAGUACCUUGAGUAGCCUCGAGUGUUCAGGAAGCAUAUUGAGCAUCUUUUAAUAUUUGCAUAGCACCUUGAGUAGCCUCAAGUGUUCAGGAAGCAUAUUGAGUAUCUUUUAAUACUUACAGAACACCUUGAGUAGCCUCGAGUGUUCAGGCAGCAUAUUGAGCAUCUUUUAAUACUUACAGAACACCUUGAGUAGCCUCGAGUGUUCAGGCAGCAUAUUGAGCAUCUUUUAAUAUUAAAAACAGCACCUUGAGUAGCAUUCAGUGUUCAGUUAAUAUGUACAGAGCACUUUGAGUAGCCUCGAGUGUUCAGGAAGCAUAUUGAGCAUCUUUUAAUAUUUGCAUAGUACCUUGAGUAGCCUCGAGUGUUCAGGAAGCAUAUUGAGCAUCUUUUAAUACUUACAGAGCACCUUGAGUAGCCUCGAGUGUUCAGGCAGCACAUUGAGCAUCUUUUAAUAUUUACAUAGUACCUUGAGUAGCCUCGAGUGUUCAGGAAGCAUAUUGAGCAUCUUUUAAUAUUUACAGAGCACCUUGAGUAGCCUCGAGUGUUCAGGAAGCAUAUUGAGCAUCUUUUAAUAUUUGCAUAGUACCUUGAGUAGCCUCAAGUGUUCAGGAAGCAUAUUGAGCAUCUUUUAAUAUUUGCAUAGCUCCUUGAGUAGCCUCAAGUGUUCAGGAAGCAUAUUGAGUAUCUUUUAAUACUUACAGAACACCUUGAGUAGCCUCGAGUGUUCAGGCAGCAUAUUGAGCAUCUUUUAAUACUUACAGAACACCUUGAGUAGCCUCGAGUGUUCAGGCAGCAUAUUGAGCAUCUUUUAAUAUUAAAAACAGCACCUUGAGCAUUCUUUUAAUAUGUAAGAGCACCUUGAGUAGCCUCGAGUGUUCAGGAAGCAUAUUGAGCAUCUUUUAAUAUUUGCAUAGUACCUUGAGUAGCCUCGAGUGUUCAGGAAGCAUAUUGAGCAUCUUUUAAUACUUACAGAGCACCUUGAGUAGCCUCGAGUGUUCAGGCAGCACAUUGAGCAUCUUUUAAUAUUUACAUAGUACCUUGAGUAGCCUCGAGUGUUCAGGAAGCAUAUUGAGCAUCUUUUAAUAUUUACAGAGCACCUUGAGUAGCCUCGAGUGUUCAGGAAGCAUAUUGAGCAUCUUUUAAUAUUUGCAUAGUACCUUGAGUAGCCUCGAGUGUUCAGGAAGCAUAUUGAGCAUCUUUUAAUAUUUGCAUAGCACCUUGAGUAGCCUCAAGUGUUCAGGAAGCAUAUUGAGUAUCUUUUAAUACUUACAGAACACCUUGAGUAGCCUCGAGUGUUCAGGCAGCAUAUUGAGCAUCUUUUAAUACUUACAGAACACCUUGAGUAGCCUCGAGUGUUCAGGCAGCAUAUUGAGCAUCUUUUAAUAUUAAAAACAGCACCUUGAGUAGCAUUCAGUGUUCAGUUAAUAUGUACAGAGCACUUUGAGUAGCCUCGAGUGUUCAGGAAGCAUAUUGAGCAUCUUUUAAUAUUUGCAUAGUACCUUGAGUAGCCUCGAGUGUUCAGGAAGCAUAUUGAGCAUCUUUUAAUACUUACAGAGCACCUUGAGUAGCCUCGAGUGUUCAGGCAGCACAUUGAGCAUCUUUUAAUAUUUACAUAGUACCUUGAGUAGCCUCGAGUGUUCAGGAAGCAUAUUGAGCAUCUUUUAAUAUUUACAGAGCACCUUGAGUAGCCUCGAGUGUUCAGGAAGCAUAUUGAGCAUCUUUUAAUAUUUGCAUAGUACCUUGAGUAGCCUCGAGUGUUCAGGAAGCAUAUUGAGCAUCUUUUAAUAUUUGCAUAGUACCUUGAGUAGCCUCGAGUGUUCAGGAAGCAUAUUGAGCAUCUUUUAAUACUUACAGAGCACCUUGAGUAGCCUCGAGUGUUCAGGCAGCACAUUGAGCAUCUUUUAAUAUUUGCAUAGCACCUUGAGUAGCCUCGAGUGUUCAGGGAGCUUAUUGAGUAUCUUUUAACAUUUACAUAGUACCUUGAGUAGCCUCAAGUGUUCAGGAAGUAUAUUGAGCAUCUUUUAAUACUUACAGAACACCUUGAGUAGCCUCGAGUGUUCAGGCAGCAUAUUGAGCAUCUUUUAAUAUUUGCAUAGUACCUUGAGUAGCCUCGAGUGUUCAGGAAGCAUAUUGAGCAUCUUUUAAUAUUUGCAUAGCACCUUGAGUAGCCUCGAGUGUUCAGGCAGCACAUUGAGCAUCUUUUAAUACUUACAGAGCACCUUGAGUAGCCUCGAGUGUUCAGCCAGCACAUUGAGCAUCUUUUAAUAUUUACAUAGUACCUUGAGUAGCCUCGAGUGUUCAGGAAGCAUAUUGAGCAUCUUUUAAUAUUUACAGAGCACCUUGAGUAGCCUCGAGUGUUCAGGAAGCUUAUUGAGCAUCCUUUAAUACUUACAGAACACCUUGAGUAGCCUCAAGUGUUCAGGGAGCUUAUUGAGUAUAUUUUAAUAUUUACUGAGCACCUUGAGUAGCCUCGAGUGUUCAGGGAGAUUAUUGAGUAUCUUUUAAUAUGUACAGAGCACCUUGAGUAGCCUUGAGUGUUCAGGCAGCACAUUGAGCAUCUUUUAAUAUUUGCAUAGCACCUUGAGUAGCCUCUAGUCUUCAUGAAGCUAACUAAACAACUUCAGUCCCUGUGCCGCAAACUUUUUUUUAAGGUCAGAUUCAGUUACCUCAGGUGCAUGGACAUGAGGAAGCUUUCAUUGGGGUGUAAAAAGAUAAGAAAUUAUUUGGCUAAUUGAUAGAGGAAGAAUAAAUGUGAGAGAUAUAGGCGUGAUGGGUGAACCUAUAUGAAAAAUGAUAUGGUUAACCGCAGUUUUAUUUACUAACGCUGGGCGGCUGUUGUUCGUAUAGCUGAACACGUGGCAGCGGCCAUCUUAAACCAUUGAACGAUCAGCGGUGUUCAGUUACAAAACUCUGGAACUGAAAACGGACACUUUUCUUCACAAACACCGCUGAAGCCGUCGACCCCCCUUCUCAUGCAUUCCUUCAUUUAUCCGAACGCUGGGCCGUUCGGGACUUUGGUUAUGUGAACAGUGCUACCCCAGAUAGCUAUCCCAUGGAGCCCAUUCGUAUACUGAAAGACUAUGUGAAAGACUUUAGCUCCAUGGCGAUUGAACUAUAUGUAUGUGAUCUGAGCGCCAUUAAGUAAUAAUGUGCGCUCAGAUUUACGCUAUCUGGGACUAUGUUGAAUGUAUUUGUUUUAUGCAGUAGUUAUUGUGUAUUUUUAUGUCUUUUAUUGUCAUGUGUAUAAUGGAGUUUUGCCUCUAUCCUAGGAGAUAAUUGAAUUCCUUCCCAAUUAUCUCCCAAUUAUCUCCAGGAUAAGAAGCUUCCAUUUGCUCAUCCUUGCAGUCUUGUAUUUGUGUGCAGUGUCUGAGUGUUUGAAUACAGGCUCUUUUAUAUAUGUGAAUUUCAAUGGAGUAUUUGUGUGUAGUGUUGGAGUACUGGUCAGGAUUACCAUUGAUUCAGACUUAAAGUGAAUGUGGUUAAAGAGUUUUUUGGAAUUAUCAUUGAUAGGGUUUAUGAGUGAUUGGGAACAGGAAUUAUGAUUAGGAGUGUUUGUAAUAUGGAGUGAAUUGAGAGAAUUGGUAGGCGUUAGUAGCAAUUUAAAUUAGGGGUGAUAGGGAUUAGGAGUGAUUUGGAAUAUAAGUGAUUGAUUGAGAUUACAAGUGAUUGUGAUUAUGAUCAACAGGGUUUAGGAGUGCAUGGGAUUAGAGAUUAUCAGGAUUAGGAGUGAUUUGAAUUAGACAUAACAUUAAUUAGCACUGAAUGAGAUUAGCAGUCAUUGGGAUUAUGAGCGAUUAGGAUUAGCUGUGAUUGAGAUUAGCAGUGAUAUGAAUCAGAAGUGAUUGGGAUUAGGAGUAAUCUGUGUAUCCUUGAACAGUGCCUUUCUCAGUGAUUGUUGUGAUUUAGGGCUUUCUAUAUAUUGAAAGAGCAAAGUCUGAGCUGCGAUGAUUUGCUUGUAUUGUUCUGUAAACAUUGAGUUUAUUUAAUUUUAAUGAAUGCCAGCAUUAUAGUAUUAGAGGGGGAGAAGGUAAAGGACCAUGGCUGGCUUUAUGGCCCAGAUUUGGGGUAAGCAGAUCAGAGUACGAUAUAUUGAGAUCCAUGUUUAAUAUUGUAAUAUUUAAUUCCUAUGUGCCAGAUAUCUCACCUUCUAUCACACUUGCCUUUUUCCUAUCACUUACUUCAGACAAGGAUUAGGAUUAGGAUAUCCCUGGCCCCUAGGCAAGUUACCAAGCACCACCCCUAGGCCCUUGUCCAACUCCUGGACCCUCGGCUGCAUUAGGUGGCCAUCGUUGUCCCUCUCUCUAUCUGCUCCCCUCUGUCUGUCUCUCUGUGUGCCCCCCCUCUAUCUCUAUCUCUUUUACUAUUUGCCCAAUCUCUCUCUCUGUCUCUCCCUUUGACCCUUCUUUCUCUUUCUUUCACUUUAUCUGCCCCAUCUCUCUUUCUCUCAUUUUAUCUGCCCAUCUCUUUGCCCCUCUCUGUCUAUAUGUCCCAUCUCUCUCCCUAUUUUUCCCCUCUUCCUAUCUCUGUCUUCAUUCUCGCUGUCUCCCAUUCUUUAAGUUGUUUUCCCUCUCUCAUUUUCUCUCUCCCUGUGUUUUCUCUCUCUUUCACUCUCUCUUUUGGCACGAGGCAGUGCUCCAUAUCUCUUAUUAAUGUCCAUAAAACAAUGACUAGUCUGAUUAUUAACAAUGAUUAUUAAUGGCUGUAGUGUCAGGACUUUAGUCAAUUUGCGUGUCUCUCCAUUUUCUGAGUAUCUUCCUCUUCACCUAACGUCCUACAGCCAGUCUCAGUGUGUUCCUUCGCCCCCACUGCCAGUGACACUUUCUGUCUCUGGCUGUCUCACUGAUAUUUAAUAGCUCAGGUUUUGCAAGCAGUCACGUGACGCUCUAUAUAUAUCUAUAUAUCUGUAUACCUGUGCAUGCACCCAAACUUAGCUCCUUCCUCCUGGAGUCUCUGAGGAUCAGACCACCGCUGAGUGGGAGAGAUUUCCAUUGAGAUUCAAGCCGGGGCACAGAUGAGACAUUUGGAGGUUAUGUAAAAAUACUCUGACUCUUAACAGUCUCUUUCCAGAAUAAGAAGAGAGUUAAGGACAGUUAGUAAAGAACAGAACAUGUUUAAUGGAAGGUCCAAGAACAACCACAGAAGAAAAGAGACAGAUGCUUUAUACUAGAAUACACUCACAACAGAGAGAGAGAGACUCGUGGAUUUAAGUAGGAUUGACCCCUUAAAGAACCAAAGACGUGUGAGGGAAUGAAAGACAAACAAGGGCAAAUAAGAGACCACAACUGAGGGGGGAAACAUCAGUUGAAGAGAGAUCUGGUUGGGUGAGACACAUCUGGUGGAAAGGAAAGGACUUUACAUAAGUUUGAGGUAGAACUCAUACAUGGAACUUGCUAAGGAAUCAAAAACGAAUGCCUGUAAAUCAGGCUGGUGGGGAGAUGAUAUUCAGUACCAAUAUAUUCAACUGCGAGACUGCUCCAGCUAUGGCAUCCCCUGCCAAGCAACUUCACCUUCACAGGACACCCCAGGGGAGCAGGUCACCCCACAAGCUAAGGUAGGGUCAGAAAUCAGCCGUAUGCAAGGAAUGGGGGUUUACAUAAUUACACAUUUCAAGGAUUCGAUUUCUUGUGGGUAUUGAAAGACCUGGGUGUUUUUGUGCGUGGUGGAGGGUUUAAUGGGUUUAACAGCAUGGGGUGCAAUUGAGAUUGCUGCCAUAUAUUGUUGGGGUGCAUCUAUCAAAGUAGUUAAAUAGGGAGUUUGAGUGGAGGAAACAUUUCUAUCUGGAUACAGUAGGAUUAUCGGGGAGAGUCGUGAAUUGCAGAGUCUUGGAGGUCUCAUAGACUGGAUGAUUCUCAUAGACAAUUAGUUGUUUAGGGUACCAUGAAGCAGUGAGAGGCUAGUAUGCAAUAAAUGGCAUCCGUUACUUGUGAUAAGUCAUUUUAUAACUUUUAUAAGGUUUACUGAUAGAUUACAAUGGAAUUAUACUGAAUCAAUUGUAACAGCUGCACCCUGAUGAUGUAUGCAUGUUUGGGUAAAUGUACUUUAUAUUGGAUGUUAGAGCCUCCCUCCCUGUCAUAAGGUCCUGGGUUUACAGGGUCAAAGAGUGAGUGAGUGGAAUAGUAAAUAGGGCUUGGCUGGAGACCUAUGAGCCCUGUUUUUAAAGAUAAUACAUUGUAUCUGUGAAUAUAUUAUUUUCUAAUAAGGUACGUGGAGUUAACCAAUGGGAGGCCAUUGAAUAGCAGCUGAGUCAUUAGGAGGUAAAUGGGGCAAGGGAGGCAUUUCAUCAAAGCCCUGUCAUUGUAUCUACUAGUUAAAUAAUCACUUCACUAUCUGAAUACAUUGUAAUUGGUAAUUACUGCCAUAAACCAGAUUUCUCCUUUCUACGGCCUCGACAGAGCCUGAACAUUUCACCAUUGGUAUCAUCUCCUUGGCAGUAUGUGUGAAGCUAAGAACCAUGUGUACUAAUUCCCUGCAAGUAGAAACAUAGAAACAUAGAAUGUGACGGCAGAUAAGAACCAUUCGGCCCAUCUAGUCUGCCCAAUUUUCUAAAUACUUUCAUUAGUCCCUGGCCUUAUCUUAUAGUUAGGAUAGCCUUAUGCCUAUCCCACGCAUGCUUAAACUACUUUACUGUGUUAACCUCUACCACUUCAGCUGGAAGGCUAUGCCAUUCAGCCACUACCUUCUCAGUAAAGUGAUAUUUGCUGAUAUUAUUUUUAAACCUUUGUCCCUCUAAUUUAAGACUAUGUCCUCUUGUUGUGGUAGUUUUUCUUCUUUUAAAUAUAGUCUCCUCCUUUACUGUGUUGGUUCCCUUUAUGUAUUUAAAUCUUUCUAUCAUAUCCCCCUCGUCUUUCCUCCAAGCUAUACAUGUUAAGAUCCUUUAACCUUUCCUGGUAAGUUUUAUCCUGCAAUCCAUGAACCAGUUUUGUAGCCCUUCUCUGAACUCUCUCUAAGGUAUCAAUAUCCUUCUGAAGAUAUGGUCUCCAGUACUGCAUACAAUGCUAGUGAGGAGUAUUGUACGCACUUCCCUCUUUCUACUGCUAAUACCUCUCCCUAUACAACCAAGCAUUCUGCUAGAAUUUCCUGCUGCUCUAUUACAUUGUCUGCCUACCUUUAAGUCAUCAGAAAUAAUCACCCCUAAAUCACUUUCUUCAGAUGUUGAGGUUAGGACUCUAUCAAAUAUUCUGUACUCUACCCUUGGGUUUUUACGUCCAAGAUGCAUUAUGCAUUAUGCGAGUGUGAGUGCUCUGUACUAAAUCCUGGGCAGUUAAGGUAUAUGUGAGUGUGAGUGCUCCCUUAUUAAUUUGUGGGGAUUUAACAUAUAUGUGAAUGUGAGGGUUCUGUACUAAUUCCCAGCGAGUUAGGAUAUAUUUCAGCUUUGCACUAAUUCUCGAGGAGUUAGGAAAUAUGUUAGCGUAAGUUCCCUAACUCCCUGGGGGUUAGUAUAAGUGUGAGGUCUUCAUACUAAUACCUGAUGGGUAGUGUGAGUUCUCCAUAAAAAUUUCCUGGGUGUGAGUUCCCCAUUAUAAUCAUCUGUGGGUUAACGUAUGUGUGUGUGUGUGUGUGUGUGUGAGUGCUCUUGGUGUUAGGGUAUCUGUGAGUGUAUGUGCUCUUGGAGUAUGAGUGAGUGUGAGUUCACGACCCAUGUUCGUAGAUUGAGAGGUGGUAUCACUUUCCUCCUAGUUCCAGCUCACCUUCCUGCCCUAUUUUUAGAUUCCUGAUUUACGACCGAUGCCCGCUAUUUUCCUGGGGUCAUUUCUAUGGCAGAAAUCUCAGUUCAGUCCAUUCAAGUCACCGUAAUUCACUGUAUAUUCUAAUAAAAAUAAGAAAGAUCACAGCUUAUUGCCAGAUCUGACACAAAUUGGGGUUUAUUGGUUCAGGAAAUUCCCACCAAUUCCUAAAUGAGACACAAAAAUUAACAUCAGCAAUGUCAGGACCUAUUGACCCCCAAUCACUGUGGAAAGGCCCCGGUCUUUAUCUUCCCUGACCCACCGUACAGAAGACCCGAUUAAUAACCAGGAGAAGUUCUUUCCAACCCUGUCAGCCAAGGAGCUAGGGGUGUGAGGUCAAUAUCUAAUAGACCUAAUGAACCCCUGGACCUAAAGUCUCUCUCACUGUGCCUGCUGUGAGUAAGGUAAUGGAGCCCCAACCAUUCUCUUAGCUGGAGUAUUGAGUAUACACUUGGCUCUGUAAUCUGGCGAUUUAGAACUGUCAGUGCCAGGCGUGUCAGGUACCCUCCGUGAUGAAAUGGGGCUGUGAGUCUGCCACUUCAGACAGGGAUCCUCACUGAAUCCAGGGUCAUUACAUAUCUCCCCCAGCUGGUCUCAGUGUGUGUAUUUCAAGAGCAUUUAUAAAUAUGUUAAAAAGAAGUGGUCCCAAAACAAAACCCUGAGGGACAUCACUUACCACUUUUGUCCAGCCUGAAAAUUUACCAUUAAUGACAACUCGUUGUACUCUAUCCUUAAGCCAAUGUUCUACCCAAGAACAAGAAUAUUCAUCUAGACCAAUUUCUUUUAGUUUGAAGACUAACCUAUUGUGAGGAACCGUAUCAAAUGCCUUGGCAAAAUCCAAGUAGAUCACAUCCACUGCAACACCCUGAUCUAUACUUCUACUUAAUUUUUCGUAGAAUGCAAUUAGGUUAGUUUGACAUGACCUAUGUUUCAUAAAACCAUGCUGAUUAUUGCUAAUAACAAAGUUCUUCCCAAUAAAUUCCUGAAUAUUAUCCCUUAAUAGCCCUUCAAAUAUUUUCCCAGUUAAAGUUAAGCUCACAGGUCUAUAAUUUCCAGGCAAGGAUUUUGAACCCUUUUAAAAUAUAGGAACAACAUCUGCCUUCCUCCAAUCCUCCGGUACAACACCUGAAACAAAAUAAUUUUGAAAAAUUAAAUACAGAGGUUCACUUAUUUCCCCACUUAGCUCCUUAAGUACUCGUGGGUGAAUACCGUCAAGCCCCAGAGCUUUAUUUACAUUAAUUUUCUUUAAUAGCUGUAGCACCUUGUCUCAAGUUAUCCAAUCACAAGUUAUUUGCAUAUCUCUUGCCAUAGGAUCCUCAUUAAUAUAUACUGAAGAAAAAUAGUUAUUUAAAAUUUCUGCUUUUUCCUGGUCUUAAUUAGCUAAUAAACCCAACUCUGUUUCCAGUGUAUCUACACUUUAAUUUUUUGUUUUUUUAGAAUUGAUGUACUUGAAAAAAUAUGUACAUUCAACUACUUAUUUGGUUGCACUAAUUUGCAUACCUGCAUUAUGUAAAGGUACACAUUUCUAUUCAGUCAGCAGAGGGCACUCUAGAGUUAUCACAAUCACAGUACCAAUGCACCAGUUGAACAUUAACUGCUACUGUCACAACGCCCUGCAACUGUAAUAUACACAAGGUGACGUAAAUAUAAGAGUCCUUAAGGGACCUACAGUGAUGGAAACAAGUAUUUGAUCCCCUGUUGAUGUUGAACUUUUGUUCAAUGACAAAGAAAUGAUCACGCUAUACUUUUAAUGGUAGCUGUAUUUUAACAGUGAGAGACAGAAUAACAAAUUUUUUUUUUCCCACAUAAACGCUUGUCAAAAAGUUAUACAUUGAUUUGCAUGUCAAUGAGUGAAAUAAGUAUUUGAUCCCCUAUCAGUCAGCAAGAUUUCUGGCUCCCAGGUGUCUUUUACACAGGUAACAAGCUGAGAUUAGGAGCACUCUCUUAAAGGGACUGCUCCUAAUCUCAGCUCGUUACCUGUUAAUGAUCUCAGGGCAGCUGGGACCAUAGUCACCAAGAAAAUAAUUGGUAACACACUACGCCAUGAAGGACUGAAAUCCUGCAGCGCCCGCAAGGUCCCCCUGCUCAUGAAAGCACAUGUACAGGCCCGUCUGAAGUUUGCCAAUGAAAAUCUGAAUGAUUCAGAGGAAAACUGGGUGAAAGUAUUGUGGUCAGAUGAGACCAAAAUCGAGCUCUUUGGCAUCAACUCAACUCGCCGUAUUUGCAGGAGGGGAAAAGCUGCCUAUGACCCCAAGAACACCAUCCCCACCGUCAAACAUGGAGGUGGAAACAUUAUGCUUUGGGGGGUGUUUUUCUGCUAAGGGGACAAUACAACUACACUGCCAGGAAUUUGGGGACCCCAGGCAAAAUGGACAUGGAGUACCCCCCACCCACACGCAUACACGCAAAGUCUACAGGAACCACAGUAAAGCCAUACAGUUUAAGUUCACCCACACUUUAUAUAAAUAAAAAAGGUUUACAAAGGUUUAUUAAUAUUGCUAUAAAAAUUUAAUUAAAAAAAAGAUUGAGGAAAAAAAAAGGUUUACAGUGCAAAUACUGCCGUUGCAUAUACUGUGCAUAAAUAAAAAAUGUUUACAGUGCAAAUACUGCUGUUGCACAGGCCCGGACUGGCCAUCGGGCAUACCGGGCAAAUGCCCGGUGGGCCGCGAUGGCCGUGGGGCCGAGGCCGGCAGGGAGAUCACAAGAUCUCCCCGGCCGGCCCGUGCUGGGCCAGCGCUAUCCGAGCGCCAGCCCUGCUGUGUGUCUUCAUGGGCCGGUGGGGAGAUCAAAGAUCUCCCUCACCGGCCCACAGACAGGGAGAUGCGGCCGCCAGCUGGGUGAGGGAGGGAGGAGAGAGGACCCGACGGAGCUCUAACAAGCAGCUCCGCCGGGUCCUCUCGCGAGAUUCUGAGCGUUGCCGCGGCAACGCUCAGAUCUCGCGAGAGUGAACUCUAACCUGCAGGUUAGAGUUCACUCUCACCACUGGACCACCAGGGAAGGCAGCAUGGCUCCCCCUCCCAGGCAGACGGCUCCCUCCCCCUCCCAGGCUAAAGGUAAGAAGGGAGGUGGGGGGGACAUAACUUUAAAAAAAAAAUUAUUAAUAAAAAAAUAUAUAUAUAUUUAAAAUGAAUUCCCAAACAGCACCCCCAGACACACACAGCCCCCUCCCACACAGCACCCCCAGACACACACACACAGCACCCCCAGACACACACACACAGCACCCCCAGACACACACAGCCAACACACACACACACAGCACCCCCAGACACACACAGCCAACUCACACACUGCACCCCCCCCCAGACACACACAGCACCCCCAGACACACACACCACCCCCAGACACACACACAGCACCCCAGACACACACUGCACCCCCAGACACACACAGCCAACUCACACACUGCACCCCCAGACACACACAGCCAACUCAACACACACUGCACCCCCAGACACACACUGCACCCCAGACACACACUGCACCCCAGACACACACAGCAGACACACACACAGCAGACACACACACAGCAGACACACACAGCACCCCCAGGCACACACACAGCAGACACACACAGCACCCCCAGACACACACACAGCACCCCCAGACACACACACAGCACCCCCAGACACACACACAGCACACCCAGAGACACACAGCACCCCCAGACACACACACAGCACCCCCAGACACACUCAGCACACCCAGACACACUCAGCACACCCAGAGACACACAUAGCACACAUAUAUACAUAUACAUAUAUAUAUAUAUAUAUAUAUAUAUAUAUACACACACACACACACUACAGCACCCCUCACACUGCACCACUACACACAUUACGCUCCAGAUACACGCUAGAUCCCUUACCCUAUAUGCACUCUUAAUCCUCUGCACACACACACACAAUCUUCUAUACACACUCUGGGUCCUUUACACACUAGAUCUCUUACACACACAGUGCACCACCUACACACACACACUACAUUCCUUGUAAGGAAACACAUACAACAUUCUCUAAACACACCCUCUCUACAACCCCUACACACACUACAUCACCUAUACACACACACUACUGCCCGUAUGCACACACUCGCUACGUCCCCUAUAACACUAUGCCCCUAUACACGCAUUCUCUACAGCCCAUAGCCACACCUAUUACACCACACAUAUUACACCUAUUUACACAAUACCACACCACACUCUACACACAGGCAAUCCCACAAGCAGGCGCCAAACACAUGCACCAUACACUUUCCUGGCCCUUUUGACCUCUGGUAUCCUACUUGUGGAGACACCAGAGACAAUUUAAAAGCAAACACAGUGCAAGCAUGUUAUUACAUUUGCUUGCGCUGCGCAGAACAAAUACAGGGCCUUUUUCUAAAGCCAGAGCUCUUCAGCGGGGCUCUGCACAUUGAACCAACAUGCUCACUUUGAGAGGGGGCGUGCUUGCCAUUAGUGAUGACAAAACACACCCUCUCUGGCCCCGCCCCCUUCUUGGGGGGCCGCUCUAAUUGAAAAAUGCCCGGGCCUAAUUUUUUUCCCAGUCCGGCCCUGCUGUUGCAUAUAAUGUGCAUACAAUUUGAACAUUUGCAAAAAACACCACUGUACCAUAAAAUCAAAUAUACAUUAAAAAAGUGCACAAUAACUAAAUCCCCUUCACCUCACCUCCCCCUUCCCUGUGUAGAAACAUAGAAAUAUAGAAUGUGAUGGCAGAUAAGAACCAUUCGACCCAUCGAGUCUGCCCAAUUUUCUAAAUACCUUAUCUUAUAGUUAGGAUAGCCUUAUGCCUAUCCCACGCAUGCUUAAACUCCUUUACUGUGUUAACCUCUACCACUUCAGCUGGAAGGCUAUUCCAUGCAUCCACUACCCUCUCAGUAAAGUAAUACUUCCUGAUAUUAUUUUUAAACCUUUGUCCCUCUAAUUUAAGAUAUGUCCUCUUGUUGUGGUAGUUUUUCUUCUUUUAAAUAUAGUCUCCUCCUUUACUGUGUUGAUUCCCCUUAUGUAUUUAAAUGUUUCUAUCAUAUCCCCCCGUCUCGUCUUUCCUCCGAGCUAUACGUGUUAAAUUCCUUUAACCUUUCCUUGUAAGUUUUAUCCUGCAAUCCAUGAACCAGUUUAGUAGCCCUUCUCUGAACUCUCUCUAAACUAUCAAUAUCCUUCUGAAGAUACGGUAUUCCAGUACUGCGUACAAUACUCCAAGUGAGGUCUCACCAGUGUUCUGUACAAUGGCAUGAGCACUUCCCUCUUUCUACUACUAAUGCCUCUGCCUAUACAACCAAGCAUUCUGCUAGCAUUUCCUGCUGCUCUAUUACAUUGUCUGCCUACCUUUAAGUCAUCAGAAAUCCCCCCUAAAUCCCUUUCCUCAGAUGUUGAGGUUGAGGUUAGGACUCUAUCAAAUAUUCUGUACUCUGCCCUUUGGUUUUUACAUCCAAGAUGCAUUAUCUUGCACUUAUCCACAUUAAAUGUCAGUUGCCACAACUCUGACCAUUUUUCUAGUUUACCUAAAUCAUUUGCCAUUUGGCUUAUCCCGUCUGGAACAUCAACCCUGUUACAUAUCUUAGUAUCAUCAGCAAAAAGACAUGCCUUACCAUCAAGACCUUCUGCAAUAUCAUUAAUAAAAAUAUUAAAGAGAAUGGAUCCAAGCAUUGGCGGAUCCAGGGGGGGGGCAACGGGGCAAUUGCCCCCCCCUCGAGAUUCUCCCCUGCCGGCUAAUGCAGGGCUGGCAUUGUAAAAGGGCAAGCCCUGAUAUGUGCCUGCGGACCGGGGAGGGACAUCAGUGAUCUCUCUCCCCGGUCCGCAGGCACAGUGCUGACAGCUGGCAGGGGAGGGAGUGAGGACCCGAGGACUCAGUCUGCAGCUCCUCCGGGUCCUCCUCUCGCGAGAUUUGGAGCGUUGCCGCGGUUACAACGGCUACGCUCCAAAUCUCGCGAGAGUGAAGUCUAGCCCUGGAGCGCGGGCUAGACUUCACUUCACACUGGACCACCAGGGAUUCACCACGGACCACCAGGGAAUCCCCAGAAAUGUCCCCCCUCCUCCUCAACAAAGGUAAGAAGGGAGGGGGGACAGCAAUAUAUUUUAUUAAAUACUUUUUUUUCUUUUAAAGCCUCCAUACCCUCCUUCCUCUCCCACACACACACAUACACUGCCCCCCAAACACACAUACACUGCCCACCACACAUACACUGCCCCCAAACACACAUACACUGCCUCCCACACAUGCACUGCCCCCACACACACUGCCCCAAACACACAUACUGCCCCAAACACACAUACACUGCCCCCCCACACACAUACACUGCCCCAAACACACAUACACUGCCCCAAACACACAUACACUGCCCCCAACACACACACAUACACUGCACCCAAACACACAUACCCCCACACACACACACUGCCCCCACACACACGUACACUGCCCACCCAUACACACACUGCCCCACAAACACUGCACACCCAUACACACACAGACACAUACAAUGCCCUACACACACUGCUGCCCCACACACACACUGCCCCCCAUAUAUACAGUGCCCCCCAUACAUAAAGUGCCCUCCCUAUACACACACUGCCCCACACAGACAUACAGUGCCCCCCAUACACACAAUGCAACCCUGACAUACACUGCCGCCCUCACGCACUCACACACACACUUCACCGCUCACACACACUUCACUUUUCACACACACUUCACCCCUAACACACACCGCUGCUCCUAUGCCCUAUAUCCCAGCAGACCCCAGGUAAGUUGUCAAACUGUUCUUAAACAGUAUGACUACUUACUCUGGGGUGGGAUCCUGGCACUACUGGCACCAUAACUACUACACUGAGCUGUAGUGGUUAUUGUGCCAGGAUUAUUUAUUUAAAUAAUCUACAAGUUCCCCUCCCGAGAUCAGACUCUGGAUCCGCCACUGUAUCCAAGUACAGAUCCCUAAGGUACCCCACUGAUGACAAGCCCAAGCUUUGAAUAUACUCCAUUGACUACAACCCUCUGUUGCCUGUCACUCAGCCAUUGCCUUACCCAUUCAACAACAUUGGAAUCCAAACUUAAAGAUUGCAAUUUAUUGAUAAGCCUUCUAUGUGCAACAGUGUCAAAAGCCUUACUGAAAUCUAGGUAAGCAAUGUCUACUGCACCACCCUGAUCUAUAAUUUUAGUUACCCUAUCAAAAAAAUCGAUAACAUAAUUUGGCAUGGUCUCCCUGAAGUAAACCCAUGUUGUCUCUGAUCUUGAAAUCCAUGUGUUUUUAGAUGUUCAUCAAUCCUAUCCUUUAACAUGGUUUCCAUCACUUUCCCCACUACUGAAGUAAGGCUUACUGGCCUAUAGUUGCCCGACUCCUCCCUAUUACCUUUCUUGUAAAUGGGCACAACAUUCGCUAACUUCCAAUCUUCUGGGACUACUCCUGUUAACAAUGAUUGGUUAAAUAAAUCUGUUAAUGGUUUUGCUAGUACACCACUAAGCUCUUUUAAUAGCUUUGGGUGUAUUCCAUCAGGUCCCAUUGACUUAUUUGUCUUUACUUUUGACAGUUGAAAUAGAACCUCUUCCUCUGUAAACUCACGUGUAAUAAAUGACUCAUUUAUCCUUUUUCCUAACUGAGGUCCCUUUCCUUCAUUUUCAUCUGUAAAUACAGAACAAAAAUAUUAAUUGAGGAAGUCAGCCUGACCUUUAUCCUCUUCUACAUACCUUCCUUCUUUUGUGUUUAAUCUAACUAAUCCUUGUUUUACGUUCCUUUUCUCAUUUAUGUAUCUAAAAAUGUUUUGUCCCCUUUUUUUUACUGACUCUGCUAUUUUCUCUUCUGUGUGGGAUUUGGAAGCUCUUAUAGCUUGCUUAGCCUCUUUCUGCCUAAUCUUAUAGAUCAUUUUGUCUUCCUCCUUGUGUUCUCAUCAUCUCCCCUUCUCCUUACCUCCCCUCCCUGUGUUCUAUUAAUCUCCCCUUCUCCACACCUCCCCCUCCCUGUGUUCUCCUCAUCUCCUUACCCCCCUCCCUGUGUUCUUCUUACUCCUCCCCCUCCCUGUGUUCUUCCUACUCCUUCCCCCCUCCCUUUGUUCUUCUUUCUGCCCUCAUGUUCUUCUUACUCCUCCCCCCAUGUUCUUCUUUCUGCCCCCAUGUUCUUCUUACUCUUCCCCAUGUUCUUCUUACUACUCCCCCCUCCCUAUGUUCUUCUUACUACUCUCCCCUUCCCCCCUCCUAUGUUCUUCUUACUCCCCUCCUGUGUCCUUCUUACUCCCCUCCCGUGUCCUUCUUACUCCCCCCUCCUGUGUCCUUCUUACGUGUCCUUCUUACUCCCCCUCCUGUGUCCUUCUUACUCCCCUCCUCCCCCCCUAUGUUCUUUUUACUCCCCCCUAUGUUCUUCUCACCUCCCCUUCACUGUAGCGUGGCCGAGCUCCUCUUCCUCCGGUCAGUCUGGCCGGGUACCGCCCGGUAACAGGAGAUUCAGUUUACUGUUCCCAGCCGGACUGAAAAGAAAUGAGCACUCAGUGUGCACUUCCUGUCAGUCCGGCCGGACUCAGGACUGACUGGAGGAAGAAGAGCACGGCCACGCUACAGGGAAGGGGAGGUGACGAGAGAGGCAACAAAGGAGUGGCUCAAGAAGAAGCACAUUAAAGUCCUGGAAUGGCCAAGCACGUCUUCAAACCUUAAUCCCAUAGAAAAUCUGUGGAGGGAGCUGAAAGCUCGAGUUGCCUCAAAAUCCUUAAUGAUUUGGAAAGGAUCUACAAAGAGGAGUGGGACGAUAUCCCUCCUGAGAUGUGUGCAAACCUGGUGGCCAACUACAAGAGACAUCUGACCUCUGUGAUUGCCCACAAGGGUUUUGCCACCAAGUACUCAGUCGAAGGGGUCAAAUACUUCACUCAUUGACAUGCAAAUCAAUUCAUAACUUUUUUGACAUACGUUUUUCUGGAUUAAAAAAAAAAUGAAUUCUGUCCCUCACUGUUAAAAUACACUUACCAUUAAAAUGAUAGACUGAUCAUUUGUUUGUCAGUGGGCAAACGUUCAAAAGCAGCAGAGGAGCUAAUACUUUUUUCCCUCACUGUAAGAAAAGUGUAAGUUUUGUGUUCCCUUUCAUGGUGACUGUCAUCAUCCCUCCCGACUCUGGGAUUGAUGCUAUCACUGUAAAGGGGGGCGAAUACUCCUUUGACACUCAAUUUAGAAGGACAUUACCAGUUCAGCUUAUUGAUGUGGUAAUGGUGCCUGCAGAUUUACAUUUCUUACAUUGUUGAAAUGGGGCUUUAAAGAUGAUCUCAUAGCUCCUCCUACCAACCCUGUCAAUCAGAGCCAUGAAUUACACUGCGUUGUUGUACCUGCUCACUGAAUGUAUUUCUGGACUCUUUGACUGACAAGGACUUGUAUGAGCAGCUUUGAAAAAUGCUUUAAAGCCUUGCAAAUACCAUAACUACUUUAGUAAGCUGAACAGUUCCUAAUGUGUCUCUUUAAGGGGAUUGACAUAUAUUACUAGAGGUGUGCAUGUAAACCAACAAGUAGGACUUGAAGUGUAAACAGGGGGGAGUAUUUUAAGAAAUCCACUGGUAAUUAGAGGGUCUAUGGAAACUCUGGAUUAUAAUAACUUCUCACCUUGGCACUAAAUGUACAAAUGAAUCAAAUGCCUUUUAAUGUGCACCCAAACUAAGCGAUUUGUCAAGAAUUUACCUAUUAUAGCUUUAUUUAUUUUUUAUAGCCGCAAAAUUUGUCUGAUUCUGAAGUACAAAUUUAGGGUCCAUUGUUUUGCUAAUUUGUAUUCAAAAUGUGUACCUUAGUAAAUAUCACUCAACUAGGUCGUAGUAUAGGAACAUAGUAAGUGAGAUUAAAAUGGACUCAUUUAUGGCCACCCUGCACACCCACCCCUUCAAGCAACUAUUUUUCCAACUAUAUUUUUCAGCAGAUUUCGAACCUCGGCCGAGGGCAAAAGCAUUGUUCUUCUGUCGGUGCAUUCUGAGGAAGAACAGCCUAUGAGUACAAAAUAGGAUUAAUGAGCAAAUAGUCUCAAACCAUCCGGACCCCUAUUGCCCCAUUAAUAUCUGUACAACCCACUGCAAAUUUAACGAACGGACACGUCGCUGCCAACAAUGGUCCCCAUAAAUUUCACUUCUGGAACUGGACUCUUUCGCCAAAACUCUUCUAAUUUUCACUGUUUAGGUUAAAAGUUUUCAUCCUCUUGUCAAUUUUCCACAAUUCCCCUUUUAGUAAACAAACCACCAAAUUAAAAUUGGACCCUGUGCUCAUCAAGUAUUGCCAGCUCGCCUGUGAAUGUGGAAGCAUUCUGAACAUUAUUGGAGAUCACUGCAUGUGGCGUGCCAUUCCUGUGUUCUAUAUAACAAGCGUUUCCUUAAACCAAUUAAGCCUCACUAACCUCUGACAUUAUCUCAUUGCAUGAUCACGUGAUCCCAUUUUUACCUAAUUUACUUCUAGUUUGUGGCAGCCGAUCCUGGGUGAGUCAGGUAUAGUAUUGAUCUAGAUAGAAAUAGAAAGUUCUUGUGCAGAAAACAUUGAUUUAUGAAGAUCUUUCACCUAAAAGUUUGGCAUUAAUCAAAUGAGCAUAAAAUAUGUCUACAAUUGUUAUGACAUUUCAUAAAAAAUCUAACAGAUUAUCUGGUAUUUUAAGAGGGCACGUAAGACUAGCUUUAACUCUUUUUUUAAUCCAUUGCAAAAAAAGAGAUACUCACCUUUGACGUUCGUGCAUUUACUGUAAAUCAUAAAUAAACACAUUGAAACAAUGGGGGUGGGACAGAACAUUGUGAUUGGCUGAGAACUGAAUCCAGACAAUCUCUGUUAGUAAGAGAUUCAGACGGAUGAUGUUCGGGAAUAUGAAUUCAUAGCGCACAUAUUUACCUAACAUGUAGAUGACUUUUAUUAUUAUUGCUAUUAUUAACUCUACGUAUUAUUUUUGCUACUUUACAGGCAGAUUUAGACUAUCCUAUAGCUUCACCUGUAGUGUAAUUGAUUACAUGAAUAAUUUGUAUCACUUGUAAUUAUUUCUAGCUAAUUGUCCACCUCCAGACAGCAGUUACAUUGUAAUGUCCAUAUCCCUUUAGUGUAAAAUAUAAUGGGGGAGAGUGGGAGGUUAAUUGCAGUGUGAGCUUCUGUAUUCCGUGAGUAUGCUACAGACAGUGGUUACAUUGUAAUGUCCAUAUCCAUGUAGUGUUAAAGAUAUUGGGGGGGCGGGGGGGUUGGUUAAUUGCCCCCCCCCCAGUAUGAGCUGCUGUGUUCCCAUGCAUAUUCUACAAACAGUGGUUACAUUUUAAUGUCCAUAUCCAUGUAGUGUAAAAGAUAUUGGGGGGGCGGGGGGGUUUGGUUAAUUGCCCCCAUCCAGUAUGAGCUGCCGUGUUCCCUGAGUAUUCUACAGACAUUAGUUACUUUGUUAUGUCCGUAUCCCUGUAGUUUAGUAGGUUUUGGUUAUGGGAUAUUUACUCAGGAUUAGGAUUUGGAUAGUUGGUUUUAGUUAUGGAAUAUUAAGCAAGGAUUGGGUUUUGGAUAGGUGUUUUUGGUUAUAGAAAUUAACCCAGAGCAGGAAUUUGGAUAGUUUAUUUAGGUUAUGGGAUAUUAAGCCAGGAUUGGGAUUUGGAUAGUUUAUUUAGGUUAUGGGAUAUUAAGCCAGGAUUGGGAUUUGGAUAGUUUAUUUAGGUUAUGGGAUAUUAAGCCAGGCUUGAGAUUUGGAUAGUUGUUUUUGGUGAUGGGAUAAUAAACCAGGAUUGGGAUUUGGAAAGUAUUUGGUUAUGAGAUAUGAUGGUAGAAUUGGGGUUUGGGUAGUUGGUUGUGAAUAUCAGACAUUGAGACAGAAUUGGGUUUUGGACUGUUGGUUUUGGUUAUCAGGAUUGGGUUAUUGAUAGAUGGUUUUGGUUAUGGGAUAUGAAGAGAGGAAUGGGAUUUGGUACUUUGCUUUGGUUAUCAGAUAUGAACCCAUCAUUGGGAUUUGAAUAGUUGUUUUUGGUUAUGGGAUACUAAAACAGGAUUGGGGUUUGAAUAAUAGGUUUUGGUUAUGGGAUAUUAAGCCAGGAUUGGGAUUCGGAUCGUUGGUUUUGGUUAUGGGAUAUUAAACCAGGAUUGGGAUUUGGAUAGUUUAUUUAUUUAUGGGAUAUUAAUCCAUGAUUGGGAUUUGGAUCGUUGGUUUUGGUUAUGGGAUAUUAAUCCAUGAUUGGGAUUUGGAUCGUUGGUUUUGGUUAUGGGAUUUUAAGUCAGGAUUGGGAAUUGGAUAGUUUAUUUAUGGGAUAUUAUCCAUGAUUGGGAUUUAUGGGAUAUUAUCCAUGAUUGGAAUUUGGAUUGUUGGUUUUGGUUAUAUGAUUUUAAGCCAGGAUUGGGAUUUGAAUAGCUGCUUUUGGUUAUGGGAUAAUAAACCAGGAUUGGGAUUUAAAUAGUUGGUUUUGAAUAUCAGACAUUAAGCCAGAAUUGGGAUUUGUAUUGAUUUAGUAUUGGUUAUGGGACAAUAAACCAGAAUUGGGAUUUGGAUUGUUGGUUUUGGUUAUUGGGGUAUUAAGUCAGGGUUGGAGUUUAAAUUGGUGGUUUUAGUUAUGUGAUAAUAAACCAAGAUUGUGAUUUGGAUAGUUGGCUUUGGAUAGGAGAUAAUAAGCCAGAAUUGGGAUAUGGAUAAUUGGCUUUGGUUAUGGUUAGUGAUGUCGCCACGAACGGUUCGCCACGGACUCAUCAUUGAGUAAACUUUGACCCUGUACCUCACAGUCAGCAGACACAUUCCAGCCAAUCAGCAGCAGACCCUCCCUCCCAGACCCUCCCACCUCCUGGACAGCUCACUAAGAAUGCAGCUUCACAAUGAAUGAAAAAUGGAUGCUGUCCAGGAGGUGGGAGGGUCUGGGAGGGAGGGUCUGCUGCUGAUUGGCUGGAAUGUGUCUGCUGACUGUGAGGUACAGGGUCAAAGUUUACUCAAUGAUGAGUCCGUGGCGAACCAUUCGGUGAACAGUUUGGGACAUUACUAGUUAUGGUAUAUAACGCCAGGACUGUAUUUAGAUGGUAUGUCUUGGUUAUGAGAUAAUGCACCAGGAUUGGAAUUUGGAUAGUUUCAUUUGGUUAUCAGAUAUGAACCCGGCAUUGAGAUUUGGAUAAUUGACUUUGGUUAUGGGAUAUUAAGCAAGGACUGUAUGUGGACGUUGGUCUCGGUUAUGGGAUUUUAAACUAGCAUUUGGGAUUUGGAUAGUUGGUUUUGGCUAUGGGAUAGCAAAACAAGACUGAGAUUUGAACAGUUGGUUUUUAUUAUGGGAUAAUAAUCAAGGAUUUUGAUUUGAAUAGUCUGCUUUGGUUGUCAGAUACAAACCCAGCAUUAGAAUUUGGAUAGUUGGUUUUGGUUAUGGGAUAUUUGGGUAGGAUUGGGAUUUGAAUAGUUGGUUUUGAUUAGGGAAUAAUAAUCCAGGAUUUAGAUUUGAACAGUUUGCUUUGGUUAUCAGAUGAACUGCACUGGAACCGCACUGGAAUUUGGAUAGUUAGUGUUGGUUAUGACUAGGAUUUGGAUAGUUGGUUUUGGUUAUGGAAUAUUAAGACAGUAUUGGGAUUUGGAUAUCUGAUUUUGGUUAUGGGAUAUUGGGAUUUGGAUAGUUGGUUUUGAUAGUUGGUAGUUGGAUAGUUGAUAGUUGGAUAAUUGGUUAUGGGAUAGUUGGUUUUGGCUAUGGGAUUUGGAUAGUUGGUUUUGGUUAUGGGAUAUUAAGACAGGAUUGGGAUUUGAAUAGUUAGUUAUGGUUACCGGAUAGUAAACCAGGAUUGAGAUUAUGGUAGUUGGUUUUGGUUAUGUGAUAUUAUGCCAGGAUUGUGAUUAUGGUAGUUGGUUUUGGUUAUGUGAUAUUAUGCCAGGAUUGAGAUUAUGGUAGUUGGUUUUGGUUAUGUGAUAUUAUGCCAGGAUUGAGAUUAUGGUAGUUGGUUUUGGUUAUGUGAUAUUAUGGCAGGAUUGGGAUUAUGGUAGUUGGUUUUGGUUAUGUGAUAUUAUGCCAGGAUUGAGAUUAUGGUAGUUGGUUUUGGUUAUGUGAUAUUAUGGCAGGAUUGGGAUUAUGGUAGUUGGUUUUGGUUAUGUGAUAUUAUGGCAGGAUUGGGAUUAUGGUAGUUGGUUUUGGUUAUGUGAUAUUAUGCCAGGAUUGAGAUUAUGGUAGUUGGUUUUGGUUAUGUGAUAUUAUGCCAGGAUUGGGAUUAUGGUAGUUGCUUCUGGUAAUGUUAUAAUAAACUAUGAUUGGGAUUUGGAUAGUUAAUUUUUGUUAUUUCAUAUUGUGCGAGGAUUUGGAUAGUUGAUCUUGGUUAUGGCAUAAUAAACCAAGAUUUGGGUAGUCAAUGUUUGUUAUGGGAUAUGAAGAGAGGAUUGUGAUUUGGAUAGUUGGUUUUGGUUAUGGAAUUUGGAUAGUUGGCUUUGGUUAUUGAAUAAUGAACCAAAUUUAGGAUUUGGAUAAUUGGCUUUGGUUGUGGGAUAAUUAGCCAGGACUGGAAUUUGUAUAGUUGUUUUUGUUAUGGGAUAAUAAGCCAGACCUGGGAUUUGGAUCAUUGGCUUUGGUUGUGGGAUAAUUAGCCAGGACUGGAAUUUGGAUCAUUGUUUUUCUUAUGGGAUAAUAGGACAGGACUGAGAUUUGGGUAGUUGGUUUUGGUUAUGGAAUAAUAAACCAGACCUGGGAUUUGGAUCAUUGGCUUUGGUUGUGGAAUAAUAAACAAGGAAUUUAAUUGGAUAGUAGGGUUUGGUUAUGGGAUAAUUAGCCAGGAUUAGGAUUUGCAUAUGUGCAAUUGCUUUGGAUAAGGGGUAAUUGGUAGAGAUUGGGUUUGUACUUUCUGUGAGAAUUUUAUUUUAAGAUAAUUAUUAUUUGACUGCUGUUGUGAUUUUGGAGGGGUAAUGAUUGGAGUACAUGAAUCAGGUUGGGAUUUAACUUGUCAUUAAUGUUCUAUGCUCACUUCUCAUAGACCUAUGGGCAUUAUACAGAGGAGCUGUCCCAAUUUGCUCGAAAAGAAGCGGCUAAAUUAUUGCAAGAGAAGCAAACUGCAACCAAACCACCAGACGUGAAGACAGAGUGUUACUCCAAAUGCCAAGGUAAAUGAAUUGCAUGGCAUCAUGUGCUGUGCCAUAUUGGGUGGGAUUGUGGUAUUACGUGUUUACUGCAUGUAAAAGGGUCUCAUGACAUAUUCUGUAACAUUAUGUGUAAUAUGAAGAUCAUUGUUAUGUAUUACUUUGCUGUGAUUCGGUAUCACAUUUUUCCAAGCUUUCUAUCCAAUUUUAUUGUGUUGUAGAAUGUGUAACAAAUCACAUGAUGCAGAUGAUGUUGUGUCUUAUUAAGAUGUUUUGUUUUAGCAGUUUUAAUUUUGUCUGACGUUGUUUCAUGUUGCUUUAUUUUAAUGUUUUAAAGUUAGUAGUGUUUUUUGUAUUGCAUUGUUGUAAUAUUGUAUGGUAUUGCGGUGUAGUAUAAUGAUAUGGUGUAUACUUUGUCAUGUAAUAGUGUAUGGUAUUGCGGUGUAGUAUAAUGAUAUGGUGUAUACUUUGUCAUGUAAUAGUGUAUGGUAUUGCGGUGUAGUAUAAUGAUAUGGUGUAUACUUUGUCAUGUAAUAGUGUAUGGUAUUGCGGUGUAGUAUAAUGAUAUGGUGUAUACUUUGUCAUGUAAUAUUGUAUGGUAUUGUGGUGUAGUAUAAUGAUAUGGUGUAUACUUUGUCAUGUAAUAUUGUAUGGUAUUGUGGUGUAGUAUAAUGAUAUGGUGUAUACUUUGUCAUGUUGUAAUAUUGUAUGGUAUCGUGGUGUAGUAUAAUGCUAUGUUGUAUACUUUGUCAUGUUGUAAUAGUGUAUGGUAUUGCGGUGUAGUAUAAUGAUAUGGUGUAUACUUUGUCAUGUUGUAAUAUUGUAUGGUAUUGCGGUGUAGUAUAAUGAUAUGGUGUAUACUUUGUCAUGUAAUAUUGUAUGGUAUUGUGGUGUAGUAUAAUGAUAUGGUGUAUACUUUGUCAUGUAAUAUUGUAUGGUAUUGUGGUGUAGUAUAAUGAUAUGGUGUAUACUUUGUCAUGUUGUAAUAUUGUAUGGUAUCGUGGUGUAGUAUAAUGCUAUGUUGUAUACUUUGUCAUGUUGUAAUAGUGUAUGGUAUUGCGGUGUAGUAUAAUGAUAUGGUGUAUACUUUGUCAUGUAAUAGUGUAUGGUAUUGCGGUGUAGUAUAAUGAUAUGGUGUAUACUUUGUCAUGUUGUAAUAUUGUAUGGUAUUGUGUAGACAUGUGCAAUUAGUUUCGGGCCGAUUAAUUUGGCCGAAUUUCGGGCAAUUCGGACAUUCGGGUACUUUCGAAUGUCCGAAGUGCAGAAUUGCCAAAGUGCCGAAUUACCGAGGUCCCAAAUUUCCGAAUUGCCGAAGUUCCGAAGCACAGUAUUGCCUAAGUACUAAUAUACUUACCCAGUGGAAGAAGAAGAAUGUUACACUGUAUACAAUUUUAAAUAAAAAGUAUACAAACAUAGCCAGGAUUCAGCUGUAAGCAUUUGCAACACUUAAAACAAUCAAGUAACACACAUUCAUAUAAAAUGUAAGUUACUUAGCCAGUCAGUGUAAUGACAGGAAUGAAUAAGUAGAUAACUCCCUAAUUCCCACGGUAUUAGGGAGCUAUCUACUAAAAGGCUGAAAGACCUGAAUUGGUCUUUCAGCCAAAUUUACUAAUACUAAGUAAAGAUUACUUAGUAUUAGUAAAUUAUGCCCCUACUCGCUAUUCCGUGAGUAGGGGCAUGUCUAUUAAACAGUGAGCAGCCUGUGGCCCUAAAAUAAUAAUUGGGGGGGACCCCCUGGCCCCCACCCCUGAGUGGUGGGUGGGGCCCCUAAAUUAGAAUGAGGAGGGAGGGCCUAAUGUCCUCCCCCCUGGCCCCCACCCCAUAGCGGUGGGUGGGGGCCCUAAAAUACUAAUUAGGGGGGGACCUAAUGUCCUCCCCCCUGGCUCCCACCCCUGAGCGGUGGGUGGGGGCCCUUAAUUAGAAUGAGGGGGGAGGACCCCCUAGCCCCCACCCCUGAGAGGUGGGUGGGGGCCCUAAAAUACUAAUUAGGGGGGGGCCUAAUUUCCUCCUGCCUGGCACCCACCCCUGAACGGUGGGUGGGUGCCCUAAAUUAGAAUGAGGGGGGAGAACCUAAUGUCCUUCCCCCUGGCCCCCACCCCUGAGCGGUGGGUGGGGGCCCUAAAAUACUAAUUGGGGGGGGACAUAAUGUCCUCCCCUCUGGCCCCCACCCCUGAGCGGUGGGUGGGGGCCCUUAAUAAAAAAAUAACUCCCCCUCCCACGGGUGACUAGGGGUCCCCAAACCCCUAGUCACCCCCCUCCCCCCAAAAAUUAACGCCUACCUACCCCCUCACCCUAAAAAUAAUAAGGGAAGACCAUUUAACUAAGUACCUGGAAAAAAAAACUUACCAUUUGAUGUUUUCUUUCUUCUAAAAUCUUCUUUUCUCAGCCCCAAAAAAGGCCAAAUAAAAGGCCAUAAUAACCGACGCACUUAAAAAAAAAACGAGCGCAAAAAAAAAUAAUCCAUCUUCACCUGGCGAGGGCUCCGCGCAGACUGAGCUCUGCAGGGUGGGGGAAGGCUUAUAAAGCUUUGCCCCGCCCUGCAAUUAGGCUCAGAGCACUCUGAUUGGUGGGUUUAAGCCAUCCAAUCAGAGUGCUCUGACAGGUAAAUGAAGAGACUGACAGGUAAGAAGUAAUUUAUAAUAAUAAUUAUAUGGUGUAUACAUUGUCAUGUGAUAGUAUAUGGUAUUGUGGUGUAGUAUAAUGAUAUGGUGUAUACUUUGUCAUGUUGUAAUAGUGUAUGGUAUUGUGGUGUAGUAUAAUGAUAUAGUGUUCUAAUGCUUUGUCAUGUUGUAUCAUUUUGCAGCAUGUUUACAGAGGGUCAAGCAGUACUUUAUCCAGAAACUUGGAGAAGACUGGAUAUUCCUGGUUCUUCUUGGACUGGUCAUGGCUCUUGUUAGCUGGAGUAUGGAUUAUGCCAGCGCUAAGAGUCUGCAAGGUAACCCAGCUACACAAGUCUAACAAGUCUAAUGGAUUAUUAGCUAAAGAAUUACAAUGUAACAGUUUUUCACUGGAAGAGUCCUGGGAUGUCCUCUUAUGGGGCUAUAUAAGGCUUCUUUGGGGGCAGCAGGAGGCCAGUGUUGGAGUUGAGAUGGUCAAUACAGGCAUGAUGUAGCUAACCAGCUACCCAUCUCCCUCUGUCCCCCCGAGCCACCCAUAUUUAUUUAUUAUUAUUUAUUUAUUUAUUAUUGACAUUUAUAUAGUGCCAACAGAUUCCGUAGCACUUUACAAUAUUAUGAGAGGGGGGAUUUAACUAUAAAUUGGACGAUUACAAGAGAACUUAUAGGAACGAUAGGUUGAAGAGGACCCUGCUCAAACGAGCUUACAGUCUAUAGGAGGUGGACUGGGAAUAUCAAUGAAAUAAGGUGGAGUGAAGCAGAGCUGGAGGAGAGAGUAGAGUGCUGCCCUUAAGGAGAGAGCAAGAGACAGGUAUGUGAGGUAGAGGUUACUUUGGGAGGCCAUACGCUUUCCUGAAGAGAUGGAAACUUCUUAAAUGACACCCAUAUGACUUCUUGUAGUAUGGCCAAGCUGCACUUUCUCUUUCUGACCAAACACAACACCCAGAGAAACUGGCCGCAGUAUAAGGAGAGAGACACAGGAUUUAACAAUAUGCUGUUUUGCCGCAUGGCUGACAGAUACACAGAGUUCACGUGUUGAGACUGAGCGGCUCGGCCAAAUUACAGGAAGAGAGAGGAAUGAACAGGGAACUACUCUCUGGGAGAGGCGAAGAGUGUGAGGGGUGUGAAGAAUGUGGGCUACGGCAAAACGUGGCUUCUUCUGUGUCCUCCCUCUGACAUGUUUUUUUUCAUCUUGGGUACCUUUACUCCAAUUCUUUUUAAAUAUUAAGCUCCUUUUGACAGGACCUUCUUCACCUCUUCUCUCUCUAAAUGUUAUUGUGUCUGUCAAUGACUUUUCGUCAGAUUGCACAUAAUGUUGCCGCUACAUAAAUGCCAAUAUUAAUAAUAAUGUUAAUAAUAACCAUUCCCAGACUAUAUUAGAAUUUGAGUGCACAAUCAAUAUGUAAACCCAUUGUCUUGGUGCGAUAUCUUCGUAAUAAUUAGACUCCAGUUUCUAGAGUACAUUACAGUAUAAGGGUGCGAUAUCUUUGUAAUAAUUAGGCGCCAGUUUCUAGAGUACAUUACAGUAUAAGGGUGCGAUAUCUUCGUAAUAAUUAGACGCCAGUUUCUAGAGUACAUUACAGUAUAAGGGUGCGAUAUCUUCGUAAUAAUUAGAUGCCAGUUUCUAGAGUACAUUACAUUAUCUUUGUAAUAAUUAGGCACCCUGUUUCUUUUUGUUAUUUCUUUAACAAUUAGAUGCCAGUUUCUAAACCAUGUUACAAUGUGAAUACGUGAUGUACGUUCCAUUUUCCUGGAGCUAAUUUGAUGUCUGUUUUCAGCCUACAGGUGGAUGUUUCAGAGCGUGUCACAUAAUGUUUGGUUGCAGUACCUUGCGUGGGUUUCUUAUCCGCUCAUCCUGAUAUUGUUCGCUGCCGUUUUCUGCCAUAUUGUAUCUCCACAGGCUAUAGGUAAAGUAAAUGGGGUAUAACGAGAAAUGAAAAUGAAAAUAAUAUAACUAACAUUAUCUACAGCAUUAUCUACAGCAACUGAGCGUGAAUUCAGCACAUAUUACCCAUCAUUCUUUAUCACUCAGUCUGCAGCAAAGUUAAGGUCUAUUCUAGGAGCAAUGAGCACACUAUGGGAAGACACCACAUACUAGACAGACAUUUCCUAUAUGGGGUCACUGUACCAGAUAAUAUUUAUACAUUAUGGUAGAAUUUCUAGGAAGAUGCAUUCCCAGAAUGCACAGAAAACCGGUUGCUUCCAAUUUAAUUAUUCAGUCACAUGACCUAUUACCCAAUAUCAAGUAAAUGAGACUGGUGCUCCUCAAAGCCCUUUAUUGACCAGAAGUACUGAAAGGAGCAGUGUAGACGCCAUCAUUUUAUUACGAGAUAUUGAACACAACUCUAAGAAUUUUUAUUAUAAUAUUCACUCAGGUUGUUACCAUAAAUGCUGGGAUUAGUGGGCUUUACAUAGUCAUGAAUGGUCAGUUGUAUACACUGAUCAGUUACAUCAUUAAAACCACCUGGCUAAUAUAGUGUAGGUCCUCCUCAUGUUGCCAAAACAGCUCUGAUGCUUUGAGGCAUGCACACCACAAGACGUCUGAAGGUGACCUGUGUUAUCUAGGAAAAAGACAUUAGCGAGGUUGGACCACCAUAGAUUGAAUUUAUUGUUCCAGCAGAUCCCAAAUCAGAUUGAGAUCUGGGGAAUUUUGAGACCAAGGCAACGCCUUGAACUCUUUGUCAUGUUUCUCAAACUAUUCCUGAACAAUUUUUGCACUGUGUAAAAAUGCAUUAUCCUGUUGUAAGAGGCCACUGCCAUCAGGUAAUAUUUUUGCCUUGAAGGGGUACACAAGGUCAGCAAUAAUCUUUAUGUAGAUGUACGUGUAAAAGUAACAUCCACAUGAAUGCCAGGACCCAAUGUUUCCCAGCAGAACCUUGCCCAGAGCAUAACACUGCCUCUGCCGGCCUGCCUUCUUCACAUCCUGCUGCCACCUCUUCCCCAGGUUAACGACAAACACACACCUGGCCAUCCACCUGAUGUAUAAGAAAACGUGAUUCAUCAGAUCAGGCAGCUUUCUAACAAUUUUACUGCUCGCAUCCCCAUUGAAGGCGAUUUAGGUGGUGGACAGGGGGUCAUCAUGGGCGCUCUGAUCGGUCUGCAGAAGCACACCCAAAUACACAGCAAACUGCACUGUUUUUCAGCAAUUUGAGAUAUGGUAGUUUUUCUGUUUGAUUGGACCACACAGGCUAGCCUUCUCUCCCCAAGUGCACCAUGUAACGCCAGUUCACCGGCUGUCCUUCCUCCCUUACACCACUUUUAGUUGAUAAUAAUCACUGCAUACCGGGAACACCUUACAAAACUUGCCAUUUUGGAGAUGCUCUGACCCAGGCAUCUAGCCAUAGCUAUUUAGCCAUUGUCAAGUUACUCAGAUCUUUUUGCUUGUCCAUUUGACCUGACUCCAACACAAGAAAUUGAAAUACUGACUGUUCAUUUGCUGCCUGAUAUAUUCUACCCCUUGACAGGUCCCAUUGUAACAAUAUAAUCAAUGCUAUUCACUUCACCUGUCAGUGGUUUUAAUGUUGCGGCGAUCAGUGUAUAUCAGUUCUUCAGCCUAAGCUACCAUACGAGUAACACAACACACACUUAUAUAAAAUAAUCAACCAAGACCUAAACUUCUGCUUAAGGUUUUAUGCUUGGAGACUGUAAAAUAACGAUAAAUAGUGUAGAAAUAAUGUGCUAUAAUACUAGGCACUUGCUCUUUGCUUGUUGCCUAAUAUAUCGCACCCCUUACAGGAGUAGCUGUAACGAUGUAAUCAUUACAGCUACCUGUCAGUGGUUUUAUGUUGUAGCUAAUCAGUGUGUGUGGAUAUUAAGGGUGGCAAAGUAUUAUGGGUGGCAAAGUAUUAUGGAGGAUGUGGUUUACAGCCGUGUCCUACCUUUUAAAUAUAAGUAAGUGGUCUACCUUUUGGCGACCCCUGUUUAAGGGAUAUCCCAUAAACCCCUGUGGCACGGAUAACCAGAGAGCCCCAAGUUAUGUCUUAUUCUUGGAGUGAAGGGUGGGAAACACUCAGGCUGGACAGUUGGUUUGUUUUCUGAAUAGCACAUUGUCCUUCAUACUCAUCGUGAUACAACUCCUUGAGCUUAGUCAUUUAAUUGAGGUUCUAUAAUUAGACACCGUAACCUGACUAAUCUUUUGCAAUGGAGAGAGGGGUAUUUUUACUCACCCGGGGAGCUCAGUGCUCAAUCAUAAACCUGAAGCAACUGCUCAGCCCUGCAGACCCCAACUCAGGUACAAGUCACUAAAUGUCAUAGAAUGAGCAGAGAGGAAGGGGCCUGUCUGCUGUGACUUCUAUUAUAAAAUCAGCAAAUGAUUGUCUGUAAUCUGGGCUUUAUUCAUUCAACACGAAGCUGUGCUGUCAACAGCACUAUACAUUUAUACUGUAUACCUAUGGCUGUACCUCCCUCUACUGUAAUGCAACCUGUAAAGUGCUGAAUACACCUGUUAGCGCUAUAUAAAUAAAAUAUACAUACACUGUAUACCUACUGCACUUACUGUACCUCCCUCUACUGUAAUGUAACCUGUAAAGUGCUGAGUACACCUGUUAGUGCUAUAUAAAUAUAAUAUACAUACACUGUAUACCUACUGCACUUAUUGUACCUCCCUCUACUGUAAUGUAACCUGUAAAGUGCUGAGUACUCCUGUUAGCGCUAUAUAAAUAAAAUAUACAUACACUGUAUACCUACUGCACUUAUUGUACCUCCCUCUACUGUAAUGUAACCUGUAAAGUGCUGAGUACUCCUGUUAGCGCUAUAUAAAUAAAAUAUACAUACACUGUAUACCUACUGCACUUACUGUACCUCCCUCUACUGUAAUGUAACCUGUAAAGUGCUGAGUACACCUGUUAGUGCUAUAUAAAUAUAAUAUACAUACACUGUAUACCUACUGCACUUACUGUACCUCCCUAUACUGUAAUGUAACCUGUAAAGUGCUGAGUACACCUGUUAGCGCUAUAUAAAUAUAAUAUACAUACACUGUAUACCUACUGCACUUACUGUACCUCCCCCUACUGUAAUGUAACCUGUAAAGUGCUGAGUACACCUGUUAGUGCUAUAUAAAUAUAAUAUACAUACACUGUAUACCUAAUGCACUUACUGUACCUCCACCUACUGUAAUGUAACCUGUAAAGUGCUGAGUACACCUGUUAGCACUAUAUAAAUAAUAUAUACAUACACUGUAUACAUACUGCACUUACUGUACCUCCCUCUACUGUAAUGUAACCUGUAAAGUGCUGAGUACACCUGUUAGCGCUAUAUAAAUAUAAUAAACAUACACUGUAUACCUACUGCACUUACUGUAUCUCCCUCUACUGUAAUGUAACCUGUAAAGUGCUGAGUACACCUGUUAGCGCUAUAUAAAUACAAUAUACAUACACUGUAUACCUACUGCACUUACUGUACCUCCUUCUACUGUAAUGUAACCUGUAAAGUGCUUAGUACACCUGUUAGCGCUAUAUAACUAUAAUAUACAUACACUGUAUACCUACUGCACUUACUGUACCUCCCUCUACUGUAAUGUAACCUGUAAAGUGCUGAGUACACCUGUUAGCGCUAUAUAAAUAAAAUAUACAUACACUGUAUACCUACUGCACUUACUGUACCUCCCUCUGCUGUAAUGUAACCUGUAAAGUGCUAAGUACACCUGUUAGAGCUAUAUAAAUAAAAUAUACACACACUGUAUACCUACUGCACUUACUGUACCUCCCUCUACUGUAAUGUAACCUGUAAAGUGCUGAGUACACCUGUUAGUGCUGUAUAAGUAAAAUAUACAUACACUGUAUACCUACUGCACUUACUGUACCUCCCUCUACUGUAAUGUAACCUGUAAAGUGCUGAGUACACCUGCUAGUGCUGUAUAAGUAAAAUAUACAUACACUGUAUACCUACUGCACUUACUGUACCUCCCUCUACUGUAAUGUAACCUGUAAAGGGCUGAGUACACCUGUUAGCGCUAUAUAAAUAUAAUAUACAUACACUGUAUACCUACAGCACUUACUGUACCUCCCUCUACUGUAAUGUAACCUGUAAAGUGCUGAGUACACCUGUUAGUGCUAUAUAAAUAUAAUAUACAUACACUGUAUACCUAAUGCACUUACUGUACCUCCACCUACUGUAAUGUAACCUGUAAAGUGCUGAGUACACCUGUUAGCGCUAUAUAAAUAAUAUAUACAUACACUGUAUACCUACUGCACUUACUGUACCUCCCUCUACUGUAAUGUAACCUGUAAAGUGCUGAGUACACCUGUUAGCGCUAUAUAAAUAUAAUAAACAUACACUGUAUACCUACUGCACUUACUGUACCUCCCUCUACUGUAAUGUAACCUGUAAAGUGCUGAGUACACCUGUUAGCGCUAUAUAAAUAAAAUAUACAUACACUGUAUACCUACUGCACUUACUGUACCUCCCUCUGCUGUAAUGUAACCUGUAAAGUGCUGAGUACACCUGUUAGCGCUAUAUAACUAAAAUAUACAUACACUGUAUACCUACUGCACUUACUGUACCUCCCUCUACUGUAAUGUAACCUGUAAAGUGCUGAGUACACCUGUUAGUGCUGUAUAAGUAAAAUAUACAUACACUGUAUACCUACUGCACUUACUGUACCUCCCUCUACUGUAAUGUAACCUGUAAAGUGCUAAGUACACCUGUUAGCGAUAUAUAAAUAUAAUAUACAUACACUGUUUACCUACUGCACUUACUGUACCUCCCUCUACUGUAAUGUAACCUGUAAAGUGCUGAGUACACCUGUUAGUGCUAUAUAAAUAAAAUAUACAUACACUGUAUACCUACUGCACUUACUGUACCUCCCUCUACUGUAAUGUAACCUGUAAAGUGCUGAGUACACCUGUUAGCGCUAUAUAAAUAAAAUAUACAUACACUGUAUACCUACUGUACUUACUGUACCUCCUCUACUGUAAUGUAACCUGUAAAGUGCUGAUUACACCUGUUAGCGCUAUAUAAAUAAAAUAUACAUACACUGUAUACCUACUGCACUUACUGUACCUCCCUCUACAGUAAUGUAACCUGUAAAGUGCUGAGUACACCUGUUAGUGCUAUAUAAAUAUAAUAUACAUACACUGUAUACCUACUGCACUUACUGUACCUACCUCUACUGUAAUGUAACCUGUAAAGUGCUGAGUACACCUGUUAGCGCUAUAUAAAUAUAAUAUACAUACACUGUAUACCUACUGCACUUACUGUACCCCCCUCUAAUGUCACCUGUAAAGUGCUGAGUACACCUGUUAGCUCUAUAUAAAUAUAAUAUACAUACAUUGUAUACCUACUGCACUUACUGUACCUCCCUCUACUGUAAUGUAACCUGUAAAGUGCUGAGUACACCUGUUAGCGCUAUAUAAAUAUAAUAUACAUACACUGUAUACCUACUGCACUUACUGUACCUCCCUCUACUGUAAUGUAAUCUGUAAAGUGCUGAGUACACCUGUUAGCGUUAUAUAAAUAAAAUAUACAUACACUGUAUACCUACUGCACUUACUGUACCUCCCUCCACUGUAAUGUAACCUGUAUAGCGCUGAGUACACCUGUUAGCGCUAUAUAAAUAAAAUAUACAUACACUGUAUACCUAAUGCACUUACUGUACCUCCCUCCACUGUAAUGUAACCUGUAUAGCGCUGAGUACACCUGUUAGCGCUAUAUAAAUACAAUAUACAUACACUGUAUACCUACUGCACUUACUGUACUUCCCUCUACUGUAAUGUAACCUGUAAAGUGCUGAGUACACCUGUUAGCGCUAUAUAAAUAUAAUAAACAUACACUGUAUACCUACUGCACUUACUGUAUCUCCCUCUACUGUAAUGUAACCUGUAAAGUGCUGAGUACACCUGUUAGCGCUAUAUAAAUAAAAUAUACAUACACUGUAUACCUACUGCACUUACUGUACCUCCCUCUGCUGUAAUGUAACCUGUAAAGUGCUAAGUACACCUGUUAGAGCUAUAUAAAUAAAAUAUACACACACUGUAUACCUACUGCACUUACUGUACCUCCCUCUACUGUAAUGUAACCUGUAAAGUGCUGAGUACACCUGUUAGUGCUGUAUAAGUAAAAUAUACAUACACUGUAUACCUACUGCACUUACUGUACCUCCCUCUACUGUAAUGUAACCUGUAAAGUGCUAAGUACACCUGUUAGCGAUAUAUAAAUAUAAUAUACAUACACUGUUUACCUACUGCACUUACUGUACCUCCCUCUACUGUAAUGUAACCUGUAAAGUGCUGAGUACACCUGUUAGUGCUAUAUAAAUAAAAUAUACAUACACUGUAUACCUACUGCACUUACUGUACCUCCAUCUACUGUAAUGUAACCUGUAAAGUGCUGAGUACAACUGUUAGCGCUAUAUAAAUAUAAAAUAUACAUACACUGUAUACCUACUGCACUUACUGUACCUCCAUCUACUGUAAUGUAACCUGUAAAGUGCUGAGUACAACUGUUAGUGCUAUAUAAAUAUAAUACACAUACACUGCAUACCUACUGCACUUACUGUACCUCCCUCUACUGUAAUGUAACCUGUAAAGUGCUGAGUACAACUGUUAGCGCUAUAUAAAUAUAAUAUACAUACACUGUAUACCUACUGCACUUACUGUACCUCCCUCUACUGUAAUGUAACCUGUAAAGUGCUGAGUACACCUGUUAACGCUAUAUAAAUAAAAUAUACAUACACUGUAUACCUACUGCACUUACUGUACCUCCCUCUACUGUAAUGCAACCUGUAAAGUGCUGAGUACACCUGUUAGUGCUAUAUAAAUAUAAUAUACAUACACUGUAUACCUACUGCACUUACUGUACCUCCCUCUACUGUAAUGUAACCUGUAAAGUGCUGAGUACACCUGUUAGCGCUAUAUAAAUAUAAUAUACAUACACUGUAUACCUACUGCACUUACUGUACCCCCCUCUAAUGUCACCUGUAAAGUGCUGAGUACACCUGUUAGCUCUAUAUAAAUAUAAUAUACAUACAUUGUAUACCUACUGCACUUACUGUACUCCCUCUACUGUAAUGUAACCUGUAAAGUGCUGAGUACACCUGUUAGUGCUAUAUAAAUAAAAUAUACAUACACUGUAUACCUACUGCACUUACUGUACCUCCCUCUACUGUAAUGUAACCUGUAAGGUGCUGAGUACACCUGUUAGUGCUAUAUAAAUAAAAUAUACAUACACUGUAUACCUACUGCACUUACUGUACCUCCCUCUACUGUAAUGUAACCUGUAAAGUGCUGAGUACACCUGUUAGUGCUAUAUAAAUAUAAUAUACAUACACUGUAUACCUACUGCACUUACUGUACCCCCCUCUACUGUAAUGUCACCUGUAAAGUGCUGAGUACACCUGUUAGCGCUAUAUAAAUAUAAUAUACAUACACUGUAUACCUACUGCACUUACUGUACCCCCCUCUACUGUAAUGUCACCUGUAAAGUGCUGAGUACACCUGUUAGCGCUAUAUAAAUAUAAUAUACAUACACUGUAUACCUACUGCACUUACUGUACCUCCCUCUACUGUAAUGUAACCUGUAAAGUGCUGAGUACACCUGUUAGCGCACGACCUAUAAUUAGUUAUUCUCCAGAUAUUUAUCAAUACCAACUUUUUAAAAAUGCUACAACACAAUUUAGCAGCUCAAUUAAGCAAAGAGGGCUGAACACAACCCAAAAAGAAGACAAGUAACUGUCUUCACGCACAUAGAGAAAUUGAAGGAAUCUCUGAAUCUGGAUGACCUGGUACUGUACAAUAUGCCAAUUUCAAGUCUAUCUUGAACUUCCAAUUUGAUCUUUUCGUAAAUUAUGCGUACGCUAAUGAAUUUCUUCCUGUUUUAAAUCAUAGUAUUUGCUCCAUUUGUUGCAAUGGACCUAAAACGAUAUUAUAGUCACCAAAACAACUUUAGCUUAAUGAAGCAGUUUGGAUAUACAAAUCAUGCCUAUGAAGUCUCAAUUUAAAUGUUUUUAUCUCCUGCUCAUGCAGGGCAUAGAUGGUUAUUAAUAGAGCAGGAGAUACAUUUUGAAUUAAACAGGAUUUGCAAUAAAGGAAGUGUAAACAUUAGAUCUUACUUUACAGGAAGUGUUUAGGAAGGCUGUGUAAGCAACAUGCAGGGAGGUGUUACUAGGGCUGUAUAAAUAAACUGAUUUAACUCCUAAAUGGCAGAGAAUUCAGCAGUGAGAUUGCAGGGGUAUGAUCUAUACACCAAAACUGCUUCAUUAAGCUAAAGUUGUUUUGGUGACUAUGCUGUCCCUUUAAUGUAUGUAUCAUUACUUCAUAUUCUUUGCUGCUCGGAUGAACUAAAGAAAGUUAAAAGCACAAUGUGACAGUAGUAAUCUGUAUCACCGUCCAGUAUUUCCCUUUCCCAAUAGUAAAAUAACUCCAAUAAUCCACAGGAACAAAUAUCGCUGGUAUCGCAAAAUAAUCCACACAUGAGCCAAAGCUUAAUGCUUGAACAAGACUGAUUUAAUGGAAGCAACAGGCAUUCCAUUUAUACAGUACAAGCUCCUCCACUGGGCCAGGCUAGAUAAUUGAGUUUCAGUAACAUACUAAACUCAAUUAUCUGCUGGCCAGAAAAAUUACUCUUUUUCACAAUUUUUAAAAUGAUACUUUAUACAUAACAUUUCACGAAAAUCCAUUUGGUCGUUUUCGUGUCGCAUUCAGAGUUCCACGGAAUUGGUAGUAAGAGCCGGUCUCCGUUCGGAUAAAAUUACAUGAAAACUACUAUAGCUGGCAUGCAUAUGGUUCCUGGAGAAUGCUCCCCUCGUUUAGUUGUUUGGAACUCCCGAACGCCGUUCUUGUGCUGUGAGUGGAAAUAGGUCAGACGGGACUUCCAUGGGGACCAGGUGUUCAUGUGAGUGCCAUGACGAAAACAGUUCCAGGCACACAAUGACCAAGUCUCGCUGGCCGCGUUCGGGAGUUUAAGAUGGCAGCCAUCCAUUGUUCUCACCACGUGCGUUCGCAUGCACAUAAUGGCGGCCACCCAGGAGCAUUCGAUUACUUUACGGUUUUGUGUGGUUACAUAGUGUUCCAAGUUCUAAUUGCUACCCAGGGUGGUCCUUGUUCGGUAAAACGAACAAUUUACCGACUGAACAAAUAAAACGAAUGCUUUCCAAGCAGGGAGAGAAAAUAGCCGAAUGGAUAUGGGUGAAUACAGGGGAAUCCUUCACACCCAAUAUUCACCUUUUGUCUAAUUAACAAUUUUUUUAAUAGUUAAAUGUGUAGCUGUUCUUGAUUUUACCACCCAUCGAAGUGUGACAUUGAUUGUAAUGUUUGGUCCCUAUACAGGUUCAGGUAUUCCAGAGUUGAAGGUGAUUCUGCGGGGAGUUGUGUUAAAGGAAUAUUUGACUUUGAAAGCGUUUGUGGCAAAAGUCAUUGGACUGACUGCAUCGCUGGGCAGUGGGAUUCCACUGGGCAAAGAGGUGAGCUGUGGAUCUUCACUCAUCAAUAAAUGUAAAAAGUGUUGAUAGUGCUUGAAGUGACCAAAUAAUAACAUUUAGAGUGUAUGAAAGAAACACAUUUAUUCAGGGUUUAAAUAGUAUCACUUUAUUCCUGUUGCAAUGUAUCACUAUGAUUAUUUUACAACAUACACUGACAGGGUUAUAUGUACAUUGUCAGCAUUUUAUAUUGGCAUCACAGCAGUAUCGAAGUAAAAAAUUAAUUCUCUUAAUUUGAUUAAAUAGUGGAUGUUAACAUUGCGCGGUGAGUUUUGUAAUGUGUUGUAUCAUAUUGUGUGAUGGUGCUCCUCUACUCUGACCAAGUACCUGCUCCAAAUCUGCUUCCUAGCCAUUGGGGAAGGAGUGUUCUCGUUUUCACCAAUCAGCCCAGGUGCUACAUGAGUUCUCCGCAGGCGUGUUUUCAAUUACUUUCGCCAGUCGGUUUAAUUCAAUUUGAUCAAGUGAAAAGGGGAAACUGCUCAUGUCAAAAUACCCGACAACUACCAACGAUAUUUCUUUCAACAUCUUGUGUAAAUACGUGCGCAGUACGUCUUCCAUAGAAAGCUAUGUGGGGACUGGCUUAGAUGGAGAUCACAUUCACUUUCUGAUUAAAGGGGCCAUAGGUAGGACAGAGAGAAACUUCCAUUUGCCAUAUAACAGUGUAUAUGGUGAUUUAUUAAAAAGCAAAUCAAUGCUCACGUUUUCUGCUUUUAUUUUUAAAAGCACACUACAAACCCCAAUAGCACUUCAUCUUGCAGGUUAACAGAGUGUCCUCUCUCUUACGUUAAUAAAUGCCUGAUUUAGAGAGAAAUGGGCUGUUUUACAGAUUGUCUCCCUUGUACACUGUGUAAUCUAAACGCACUUUCAACAUUCCAGCAUUAAAAAUGAAAGUAUUUUUUUUUAUGACUCUGGACUGUUUCUACAAAGCUUUACCUAGUAGGUCAGUUAAUGUUUUGACAAUAUAUUGUGUCUGUGAUUCUGAUCUCUGACCUCAGUAUCAGUGUCAUAAAGCAAGACCAAGCGAUAGUUUUAGCAGUGAGACUGCAGUCAAAGCUCAUUUAAUAAUUUUAAUAAGGAAAUGUAGGAUUAUAAUGUACAUAUAAUAUUUAUAAAAGCAAUGCUUCUUACAGCCUCAAACCGCCUACUCACACCUUUUACAUACCAAUACAAACUUUGACAUUCUAUAAUUAGCACUUGUUUUAAACCCCUGAUAAAUAAUCUCAGAUGUACUUUCACAGUAACAUUCAUCACCACCAAAAUAUUUGUAUCGCUGUCCUUAACGCUGUAAAACGCACACUCAGUCCAGGCCAGUAAAACGUAACUGAAGGACUUUUCACAUAUUAAUGACACUAGAUCUAAUCCGUGUCUGUCACAGGAUCAGGAGAUCCUAAAAUAACAUGAGCUUGGUGUAACGAGGAGUCCCUGUAAACAGAUCUGUAGGGGGCUCCUCAUCUAUUUAAACCUUUAGUGUAACAAUGUCAUAUUUACAAUGUAAGGGUGUACCUAGACCAAAUAGAAAAGAUUCCUCAAACCCUUGUAAAAAGGGCCUUAGAAACUCUCUUAAAGGAACACUAUAGCGUCAGGAACACAAACACUUUAAUGGUAAAUAAUUAGUUACGUCCCGGCCCCCUCUCUUCAUAGUAAAAAUUAGAUUUUACUCACCUUUCCUCACGCUCUGCGCCGGUCUCAUCAUAGCUGGCCCCGCCUCGCUCCACUUCCCUGGCUGAGAUGAUGAAACUUGAUGAUCUCAGCAAUUUCAAUGUUUUGCCAUAGGAUAUAUACUAUACAUCAAGCUCUAUACUAUACAUUAAGCUCUAUACUAUACAUUAAGCUCUAUUCUAUACAUCAAGCUCUAUACUAUACAUCAAGCUCUAUACUAUACAUCAUGCCCUAUACUAUACAUUAAGCUCUAUACUAUACGUUAAGCUCUAUACUAUACAUCAAGCUCUAUACUAUACAUUAAGCUCUAUUCUAUACAUUAAGCUCUAUUCUAUACAUCAAGCUCUAUACUAUACAUCAUGCCCUAUACUAUACAUCAAGCUCUAUUCUAUACAUCAAGCUGUAUACUAUACAUCAAGCGCUAUACUAUACAUCGAGCGCUAUACUAUACAUCAAGCUCUAUACUAUACAUUAAGCUGUAUACUAUACGUUAAGCUCUAUACUAUACAUUAAGCUCUAUACUAUACGUUAAGCUCUAUUCUAUACAUCAAGCUCUAUACUAUACGUUAAGCUCUAUACUAUCAAGCUCUAUACUAUACAUCAAGCUGUAUGCUAUACAUUAAGCUCUAUACUAUACAUCAAGCUCUAUACUAUACAUUAAGCUCUAUUCUAUACAUCAAGCUCUAUACUAUACAUCAAGCUGUAUGCUAUACAUUAAGCUGUAUACUAUACGUUAAGCUCUAUUCUAUACAUCAAGCUCUAUACUAUACAUCAAGCUGUAUGCUAUACAUUAAGCUCUAUACUAUACAUCAAGCUCUAUACUAUACAUCAAGCGCUAUACUAUACAUUAAGCUCUAUACUAUACAUUAAGCUCUAUUCUAUACAUCAAGCUCUAUACUAUACGUUAAGCUCUAUACUAUCAAGCUCUAUACUAUACAUCAAGCUCUAUACUAUACAUUAAGCUCUAUUCUAUACAUCAAGCUCUAUACUAUACAUUAAGCUCUAUACUAUACAUCAAGUUCUAUACUAUACGUUAAGCUCUAUACUAUACGUUAAGCUCUAUACUAUACAUCAAACUCUAUACUAUACAUUAAGCUCUAUUCUAUACAUUAAGCUCUAUACUAUACAUCAAGCUGUAUGCUAUACAUUAAGCUCUAUACUAUGCAUCAAGCUGUAUGCUAUACAUUAAGCUCUAUACUAUACAUUAAGCUCUAUACUAUACAUCAAGCUCUAUUCUAUACAUCAAGCUGUAUACUAUACAUUAAGCUCUAUACUAUACAUUAAGCUCUAUACUAUACGUUAAGCUCUAUUCUAUACAUCAAGCUCUAUACUAUACAUCAAGCUCUAUACUAUACAUUAAGCUCUAUUCUAUACAUCAAGCUCUAUACUAUACGUUAAGCUCUAUACUAUCAAGCUCUAUACUAUACAUCAAGCUCUAUACUAUACGUUAAGCUCUAUACUAUACGUUAAGGUCUAUACUAUACAUCAAGCUCUAUACUAUACAUUAAGCUCUAUACUAUACAUUAAGCUCUAUACUUAACAUUAAGCUUUAUACUAUACAGCAAGCUGUAUACUCUCCAAUUAUCAGCCUGGCCAGUUCCUGACAUUAAUUAUACAAACCAAAUUAAUCCCUUUCAAUAUUUUAUUUUCACUUUUUGCCAAAAUGUGCUGUAAUAUUAAAUUAUUUCAAAGACAAACAAUACAUUGUAUUUGUUUCCAUUCCAAGUUUAUUGAUAUUGUAAGAAAGCAAAGUAUCUCACUAUUCUCCUUGAAGGUGGCUUUAAUUUACCAUUAGGACAGACGCUCCUCGAGCCUGGAGGAGUGAUAAUCCCAAUUUACAAGAAUCACUAAAAAAAUAAUUUGUUUCCCAGUACUUUACCCCCUGAAAAGAUUGCAAUAAUAACCUUACAAUAAUUAAUCCCUCAGACAGCACAGUAAAAUAAGCAGGACCUUCUCCCCCUCUUCUCUCUAUCUGUAUUGUCUAUCUAUGACAUCAGAUCCCCAUUCUAUAAUCGUACAGCGCUGCGGGAAUAUGUCAUUAAUAGUAAUAUAUUCACUAAAUGUAAAUCUGUUCAUGUAAAAAUAUGUAGGCUGGACAUAUAAGCUGAAUAUAUAGCUAUGUAUGUGGGUCUGUAAUUGUUGGUAUAACUGUAGAGCGUCCCUUUAAAUACUGAUACAAAAGGAGAAGAACUCCUUGCCUGUUCUUUGAUCUAAUAUCUGUAGCACUUUUAUACAAAUAUAUUUAUCCACCUGCCUGUCUUCUUCCUCUCUCUGUCUGUCUGCCUGUCUGUCUGUUUGCGUGCCAGAAUUGACAGCAUUUUACUUUUUUAUAUCUCCCUUCCCAGGGCCCAUUUGUGCACAUUGCCAGUAUUUGUGCUGUAGUCCUCAGCAAGUUCAUGUCUGUUUUCUGUGGCGUUUACCAGGUAAGGAGCUUGUCUGUCUGUGUUUGUUACUUUGUGACUGGUCGUGCUUGUUGACUCGUUGUCUCCCGUGGCCCUGCUACCGUGUCUGCUGGAUAUAUUGUCAAUAUAGGAUGGAAUAGGAUUGGCUCAGGCUGCUGCUUCAUGUCUGACCUCCUGGGAGGGAAAUAUAAUAAAUACAAUAUGGGAUGCACAGUGCCACGUUGUAUAUAGUAAAACAAUCACACAGGGUUAUUCACAAAGUGAGAAUUGCCGGGAGUUCAACGUAACUGAACUAUAACCUGAGCCGACUCAUACAAUGUUUCCAGCUCUGCAAUUUUAGCCUUAAUUUCACUUUAAUUUUCUGACAAUUCUUACUUUAGUCAAUAUCUCUGGCAAUGUACAAGAUCCAUUACCUAUAGCAUUUUUAAUAUUAUGACAAGCCCCAUCCAAAUAGAUAUGGCAUGUGAUGUGCGCAGUGGAGGGUGUGAGGUGGUAGUGGAGGGUGUGAGAUUGGUAAGGAAGGUGUGAGAAAGGUUGAGGUGGGUAGGGGAGGGUGUGAGUUGGUAGGGGAGAGUGUGAGACUGUUAAAGAGGGUGUGAGAAGGCAUGAGGUGGGUAGGGGAGGGUGUGAGAUUGGUAAAAAGGGUUUGAGGUUGUAGGGGAGGGUGUGAAAUUGUUAGGGAGGUAGUAAAGGAGGUGUGAGGUAGUAAAGGAGGGUGUGAUGUGGGUAGGGUAGGGUGUGAGGUCUGCAGGGGAGGGUGCGAGGUGGUAGGUAGCGUGUGAAGUGGGAAGGGUAGGAUAUGAGACUGGCAGGGGAGGGUGUGAGGUGGUAGGUAGCGUGUGAAGUGGGAAGGGUAGGAUAUGAGACUGGCAGGGGAGGGUGUGAGGUGGUAGGGAGGGUGUGAGGUCGUAGCGGAGGUUGUGAGGGUGUGAAGUGGGAAGGGGAGGGAAUGAGAUACACAUAAAUGCAAUAAUUGUAAAUAAAAUUAUAGCUUCCAUAUACAUUUGCGUUUACUUUAAGGAUAAAACUGGAAGUAGGGUAUGACUGUGUGCAGGUACCUCAUUCAUUGACAUUCACAGAGAUGGAGCUGGCGCAAUCUACGUAGAUUCUGGAUGGAUUUCGAGAUAACUGCCCCAUUUCCCACCGCUAGGCACCAGGGAGCUCAGGCUGUUAUUCAUUAUUCAUACAGAAUGUAUUUACAGAUUUUAAAGCUUUUAGUGUAUUCAAGUUUUUUAAGAAUUUUUUUUCAUAGCCAAAUCCUUUUAAUAUUUAUUAAUUUCAUAGUUACUUCUGCAUGUUUCCAUUCCAGGCUUUUUUUUGUUUUAUCUUCAUAGUGUGAAUGACAGUGAUGGGAGAAGAUGGCACUGCGUGUAGUUUCCAAAUCUGUUUGUCCCUUUGAGUUAUUCACUAAAAUUCAAAUGUUUUAAUGUCCUAAUCAGGGAGGUUUGGAAUCUUCCUAUGCCCCAUAGUGCCAUGUGUCAGGUGCGGGCAUAUUGGCUAAGUUUACAACAAAAGAAAAGAAAGGCUGCGCCAAAAGGAAUAAUAAAUAAUAAAAAAUACACAACUAAUAAAAAAUAUAAAAUAAUAUAUAUUAAAAAUAUUAAUGUAUAAAAAACAGUCCCAAUUAAUAUCAGAGAUUGUAUUGUCUUAGUCGCUGUUUCAGCUGGUAGAGUAUCUUCUCUGUUUGUAGUAGCUCGUCUUGUGAUAUAAAAGACACAAGGAGAAAGGACCAAUCGUGCGGAGUGUAUAAGAUGAGUAUUAAUAAAUUAAAAUAUAAAUAUUACACUCACAUUUGAAUGGGCUAUGGCCAGCUCAGGUGUAACAGGCAUACAGCGGAUUAAUCCCCGCUUGUAGGAUGUAUGGAUACUUGUCCUCCGAAGGGAAUGGUGUCCAAUUCUCAGGGAAAGAGAAAUAAAAACAACCAAUAGUGCUCUCUGUAGAAGUAGGAUAAAAUAAAAUAAAAUAUACUCACAAGUGGAGUGCAGGGCUAACUGCACUCUGAUGAUAGCGUUGGUGGUAUAAUCCCCACCUCAGGAUAAGUUAAAUGCCAGGAAAAGGUAAUAAAAAAUAAAAUAAAAUUGUGUAAAAGAAUAAUAGCACAAAAUUAUUUAUUUUAUAAAAUAUACAAUAUAUUUAUUAUAUUUUAUUAUAUUGUAUAUUUUAUAAAAUAAAUAAUUUUGUGCUAUUAUUCUUUUGAUAAUAUUGAUACCUUAGAGAGGGUUCAGAGAAGGGCUACUAAACUGGUUCAUGGAUUGCGGGAUAAAACUUACCAGGAAAGGUUAAAGGAUCUUAACAUGUAUAGUUUGGAGGAAAGACGAGACAGGGGGGAUAUGAUAAAAACAUUUAAAUACAUGAAGGGAAUCAACACAGUAAAGGAGGAGACUAUAUUUAAAAUAGGGGCACUAUGCACUAUGUACAGCCAAAAAUAAUUGCACCAGCCCUGUGUGUAUCUGUAUAUGUGUCAGCAUAUAUAUCUGUGUGUCUGCAUGUGUGUCAUUGUGUUUAUCUGUGUUUCUGUGUAUCUGUGUGUGUGUUAAUAUUUGUAUCUGUGCGUUUGCAUGUGUGUUAUCGUGUUUACCGAUAUGUCUGUGUAUCUGUAUGUGUGUUAAUAUUUGUAUUUGUGUGUUUGCAUGUGUGCCGUUGUAUUUAUAUGUGUGUCUGUGUAUCUGUGUGUUUGUUAAUAUUUGUAUCUGUGUGUCUGCAUGAGUGUCAUUGUGUGUACACGUGUGUCUGUGUAUUUGUAUGUGUGUUAGUAUUUAUACCUGUAUAUCUGCAUGUGUGUCAGUGUGUGUAUAUGUGUGACUGUGUAUCUGUAUGUGUGUCAGUAUUUGUAUCUGUAUAUCUGCAUGUGUGUAUUUGUGUGUCUCUGUAUCUGUAUGUGUGUCAAUAUUUGUAUCUGGGUGUCUGAAUGUGUGUGUCUUUGUAUCUGCUUGUGUGUCAGUGUUUGAAUCUGUGUGUGUGUGAAUAUUUAUAUCUGUAUAUAUGCAUGUGUACGAUUGUGUGUAACUGUGUGUCUGUGUAUCUGUAGGUGUGUCAGUAUUUGUAUCUGUGUCUGCAUGUGUGUCAUUGUGUGUAACUGUGUGCCUGUGUAUCUGUAUGUGUGUCAGUGUUUGUAUCUGUGUGUCUGUGUAUCUGUAUGUGUGUCAGUGUUUGUAUCUGUGUGUCUGUGUAUCUGUAUGUGUGUCAGUGUUUGUAUCUGUGUGUCUGUGUAUCUGUAUGUGUGUCAUUGUGUGUAUCUGUGUGCCUGUGUAUCUGUAUGUGUGUCAGUGUUUGUAUCUGUGUGUCUGUGUAUCUGUAUGUGUGUCAUUGUGUGUAUCUGUGUGCCUGUGUAUCUGUAUGUGUGUCAUUGUGUGUAUCUGUGUGUCUGUGUAUCUGUAGGUGUGUCAGUGUUUGUAUCUGUAUGUUUGUGCAUCUGUUUGCCUGCCAGUGUCACUAGAUUUGUUUUCAGUGAACCAGAGCUUAGUGACAGGUACUAAUGAGGUAGUUCUCGAAAGGAUGUAGGAUUCAGCAUAUUGUGCAAUGUGCGUGGCUAUAUAUAGCUCUGUUAAAACUAAGCAGUGCCGUUAGUUAUUUCAAAUCCCCAUAUUGCUGACUGUAGUCCAGCUGGGUGCAGCUGGCACUGACGAAGAACUUGGGGAAAAUAAAUCUCAUUAAGUAUUAUAUGUUUUUUUGUAUCAACCCGCUGACUGCAUUGUUAGAGAGAAAAAGCAAAAAAAGUUGUCUCUGCGGAACACAUCAUGCAAUAUGUGUUCAAUGAAGUUAAUACUAACCAACGUUAUUAAUAUUUGCAAUAUUACUAAGUCAUAACAGGGAGGAAAAGGCCACGAGCACUAAAAGCACUUUCAGACCGUUUUGGUACUUUUGGCUUUUCUUGCUUGUAAUGUAUUGUAUAUUGUAUGCAGUAUGAAUACUAAUAUAGCUUGUUUGUGUUAACUUCACUGGGAACUUUUUUUUUUUCUUUGCAUUUACUUGGAGGGGGUCUUACCAUUGAUUUUCAAAGAGGCAAAAUUAUUAUUUUGUUCAUGUAAAUCAAACCCUCUUUUUAUACCUGAAAGCACGUUGAUUCUGGAUGGCGGCUGUGUUUGGAAUGAGGAAAAGGGAAGCUUUAUUGAUUCUAGGUAACGGAUUGUGGAUGAUGAAGAUAUCCUAUAUGUUUUAUUACUGCCGUAUCCAUUUUCUUCUCUUGGUAAUCUGUUGGUUUGUGUCUAAAUAAUAAAGAAUUGUGAGAUUUGGGCUUUGGUGUUGAUAAGAUAGCUCAGUGGAUAGUCCUCCACCUGCAGUAGUAUCUCUGAGUCUCAUAUUUAGCCUUUGCCAAGAUUGAUAAAAUGAGUAAGUUGGGUAAUAACUAGACAUGUGCAAUUCGUUUCGGUCCAAAUAUGAAUUCAGACGAAUUUCGGACAAUUCGGACAUUCGGGUACUUCCGAAUGUCCGAAUUGCAGAAGUGCCGAAUUGCCGAGGUCCCGAAGUUCCGAAAUUACCGAAUUUCCGAAGUGCCGAAGCACAGUAUUGCCUAAGUACUAAUAUACUUACCCAGUGGAAGAAGAAGAAUGUUACACUGUAUACAAUUUUAAAUAAAAAGUAUACAAACAUAGCCAGGAUUCAGCUGUAAGCAUUUGCAACACUUACAACAAUCAAGUAACAUACAUUCAUAUAAAAUGUAAAUUACUUAGCCAGUCAAUGUAAUGACAGGAAUGAAUAAGUAGAUAACUCCCUGACUCCCACGGUAUUAGGGAGUUAUCUACUAAAAGGCUGAAAGACCUAAAUUGGUCUUUCAGCCAAAUUUACUAAUGCUAAGUAAAGAUAGUGAGCAGCCUGUUUAAAAAAAAAGGGUACCCCCUCCUGACUAAAGUGGGGGACCUAUUGCCCCCCCGGCCCCCACCCCUGAGCAGCGGGUGGGGGCCCUAAAGUAAUGUGAUUGGGGUCCUAUUGUCCUCCCCCCUGGCCCCCACUCCUGAGCUGCAGGUGGGGGCCCUAAAUUGGAAUAAGGUGGAGGACCUAAUGUCCUCCACCCUGUCCCCACCCCUGCCCUUCAGGGGUGGGGGCCCUAGACAAGAAUAAGGGGGGGACCUAAUGUUCUCCCCCAUGGCCCCCACCCCUGAGCGGUGGGUGGGGGCCCUAAACUAGAAUAAGGGGGGGGACCUUAUGUCCUCCCCCCUGGCCCCCACCCCUGAGCGGUGGGUGGGGGCCCUAAACUAGAAUAAGGGGGGGGGACCUUAUGUCCUCCCCCCUGACCCCACCCCUGAGCGGUGGGUGGUGGCCUUAAAUGCUAAUAAGGGGGGGACCUAAGAUCCUCCUCACUGGCCCCCACCCCUGAACGGGGAGUGGGGGCCCUAAAUACUAAUAAAGGGGGGGGACCUAUUGUCCUCCCCCCCAGCCCCCACCCCUGAGCGGCGGGUGGGGGCCCUAAAAAAAAUGCCUCCCCCCCUAGGUGAUUAGGGGUCCCCAAACCCCUAGUCACCCCCUCCCCCCCAAAGAAAAAUUAUCCCCCUACCUACCCUCCUCACCAUAAAAAUAAUGAGGGGGGGACAUUUAACUAAGUACCUGUAAAAAAAAUAAAACUUACCAUUCAAUGUUUUCUUUCUUCUAAAAUCUUCUUUUUUCAGCCCCAAAAAAGGCCAAAUAAAAAACCAUAAUAACCGACUCAAUUAUAAAAAACAAACAAAAAAAAAAACGAGUGCAAAACAAAAUAAUCCAUCUUCACCCGGCGAGGGCUCCGCGCAGACUGAGCUCUGCAGGGCGGGGGAAGGCUUAUAAAGCCUUGCCCUGCCCUGCAAUUAGGCUCAGAGAACUCUGAUUGGUGGGUUUAAGUCAUCCAAUCAGAGUGCUCUGACAGGUAAAUGAAGAUACUGACAGGUAAGUCUCUACAUUUACCUGUCACAGCACUCUGAUUGGUUGGUUUGAAAUCCACCAAUCAGAGUGCUCUGUGUCAUUUUACACAGCGUGGGAAAGUUCUUUGGAAUUUUCCCACGCUGUGUAAUUUGACUCAUAACACUGGCCCCCAGCUCAGGGGUGGGGGCCAGGGGGGAGGACAAUAGGUCCCCCCCAUCGUAUUACUUUAGGGCCCCCACCACCGCUCAGGGGUGGGGGCUGGGGGGGGGGCAAUAGGUCCCUAUUUUUUUAAAAAAAAAUUUUAAACAGUGAGCAGCCAUAGGCUGCUCACUGUUUAAUAGACAUGCCCCUACUCGCGGUAUAGCGAGUAGGGGCAUAAUUUACUAAUACUAGGUAAUCUUUACUUAGUAUUAGUAAAUUUGGCUGAAAGACCAAUUUAGGUCUUUCAGCCUUUUAGUAGAUAGCUCCCUGAUACCGUGGAAAUUAGGGAGUUAUCUACUAAGCGGCUGCAAUAGAAGUCCCGAGGUGCCGAAGUCCCGAAAUUCCAAAGGUCCGAAGUGUCGAAGUUGCUGAAUUUCCAAAAUUCCAAAGAUGCCGAAGUUCCGAAGUCUUGAAGUGCCGAAUUGCCGAAGUCCCGAAUUUCGGAAUGCCGAACCGAAAGUUUUCCCCAUGCACAUGCCUAGUAAUAACAUCUUGACCGCUAGAUGUUUUUGGAAAAUGAGUGAAGCUAAGUGUGCCACUCCUGAAUAUUAGUAUUAAGUGAAUCUUGGAACAGUGGCUGAAUGACUACGGAGAGGACAUUGUGUUUGUUUUCUCAGAGAAAGUACUUUUGUCUCCCUGAUAAAUUAUAGUCAAUUACUGAGCAAAACAAGAUGCUAUAAUAAUGUUUAAUAAUCUCUCCUUAGACAUGAUUGGCCAGCUCCAUAGUUUGUGAAUUCCUGAGGGAAAUACACAAUAGUGUGGGGUUAAACUAUACAUGUUUAAUUUAAAACCACAAUAUACUCGACAGCUGGUGGUACCUGCUCAGGAGACGCAUUCUAGGAUUAAAAGAAAAAUGCAGAAUAUGAGCAGAAGCAGAUUAUUACACGUUCACAUCAAUGUUCAAACUUAAUAUAAGGAUCUCUCAAGGGAAACGAGAAGCUCCAGAUUGAGAAAAGACUACGAUUUAAAAGGGAUAAUCUAGAGAUUUUGAUGGCAAGGGUAAAUAAAAUGAGAAAUGUAAUGCCAUUUUGGAGGAAAGACUAUAUCUGUUGGAUUUUGUUUCCUAGGGGAGGUUGAACUUGUCAAAUUUGCAAUUUUUUCACAUCAGCAUCAGUAUACAAAUAGAAUAUGAAGUUAAAGGAGAAAUAAAACGUCCCUGGCAAGUGUCUUCACGUGUAGCCAACGUGUAGAGAGUUAUGGGAUGUCAACUCCCACAAUCCUCAGCUAGAGUGGAAAAUGUAGCUUGUGGCUGCAAUACUAUCUUCUUUGGUGGAUUACAAACCUCAUAACACUCAGCCAAGGAGGGAGUAUUGAUAGAGAGUGCCCCAAUCAGAUGUUAUUGUUACAUAUUGUUACAUUGUACAUUUUAUUGGAAAGGAAUUGCUAAUGACUGUGACAUUGUGUAAUCUCUCCAUGAAUGUCCCAUACAUACAAACCCAUACAUUGUAUAUAGGACCCUCUCCGGAGCCUGGAUCUGUUGGCAGCUGGCUGCGCUGUGGGGGUUGGAUGCUGCUUUGCUGCACCCCUUGGAGGCAAGUGCCGUGACUCUUAACCCUGUGUGCACCACCUGGAGAUAUUCUUUCACUCACCUUACUAACUGAUGGCCUUCCAGCCAGGUUCACGGAGCUUCUCGGUCUUGGUGGCAGUUCUGGGAUCUACAUGGCAAGUGGGAGACCUUCACAUGUAGCUAGUGAGAGACAUUCAGGGAUCUAUGUGGCUAGUGAGAGACCUUCAUACAUGGCUAGUGACAGAGCUUCAUGGAGCUAGUGAGAGAGGUUCAUGGAGCUAUGUGGCUAGUGAGAUUGAUUCACGGAUCUAUGUGACUGGUGAGAGACUUUCAUACGUGGCUAGUGAGAAAGCGUCAUAUGUGACUAAGUGAGAGAUCUUCAUACAUGGCUAGUGACAGAGCUUCAUGGAGCUAUGUGGCUAGUGAGAGAGGUUCAUGGAGUUAUGUAGCUAGUGAGAGAGUAUCAUACGAGUCUAAUGAAAGAGCUUGAUACGUGGCUAGUGAGAAAGCUUCAUGAAGCUAUAUGGCUAGUGAGAGAACUUCAUGGAGCAACGUGGCUAGUUAUCAGAGCUACGUGGCUAGUGAGAGAGGUUCAGGAAUCUGCAUGGCUAGUGAGAGAGCUUCAUGGAGCUACAUGGCUAGUGAGAGAUUUCUGAGGAGGGAGCAUUUAUGGUAGCUAUGUGGCUAGUGAGAGAGCUUCAUGGAGCUACAUGGCUAGUGAGAGAGAUUCGAGGAGAUAUGUAGCUAGUUAGAGAGAUUCAGGGAUCUAUGUGGCUAAUGAGAGGGGUUCAAGGAGUUAUGUGGCUAGUAAGAGAUUUCUGAGUAGGGAGAGACUAUGGGAGCUAUUUGACUAGUGAGAGAGGUUCAAGGAGUUGCAUGGCUAGUGAGCGAAGUUAUGCCAGUUGCAUGGUUAGUGAGAGAGGUUCAGGGAGCUACCUGGCUAGUGAGAGAUUUCUGAGGAGGGAGAGGUUAUGGGAACUAUACUUGUGGGGAGGUGGUGAGAGAGUUUAAAAGAACGUUUAGGACAGAGAGAAUCAUGGAUCACCAUGUGAUGAGUUCAGAAAGUAUGACUGGAGGUACAUGGAGCUACUCUGAAGGAAAGAGGUUCCAAAAGAGGGUGGGGAUCUUGCAGCUACAGUGUGUAAAGGGAAAAUUCAGCAGAAUAUUCCCAUAGCCCGUCUUCCCUGCUCCUGGCCCGAAGGAUCUCUCUGCCUUGUGAUCUGUAUCCAGGCUCUCCCUUUACUAUAUAUGUAUAUAUGUGGGUGUCUCUUCUCCGUUCUUUGAUCAUUGCUAGCUUUCUCCAUCUUCUACUAACGGUCUCAAUCUUUGCUCCACUUGUCCACUUCCGCAAUUCAGAGUCGUUAUGGGAAAGAGGUUUAAUCUGAGAGCUGUCCAUACGACCCUCUUUCAUGGUCUUUGAUUUGAUAUUGUUUGCACUGCUUUGUUGCUUGUGUUGUGCUUAAGUGGGCUCCCCAUAAGGAAUUGUUUCCUGAUAUCUGGGAAACCCUCAUACACAGAGGCUGGAGAUGUCUGCCAAGUGAGGUGCAAGGUAAGUACUGAUUAGACUUCAACUGGCGCAUAACUCAAACUCACCCUAAAAGAGCAGAAUCCCUCUCUCUGUCUCUUACACCUGUCCUUUGCACCCCAUGCAAUGGAGUUCGUGCAAGAAUUAGUUAGUACCAGGUUUGGCCCUGGGUUAUAUUUUUCACAAACCUUUUCUGCAAUGCUAAGCCUUAACUAUGGAGCACACUUAGCUGAUUUCUGUCACUCUGUGUGAGGAUUUCAGAGAUCAGGAAAACAAUCUUCAUGGGGAACCAACCAUGAGCACAAUGCCCGUUCCAUCAUCUCUUUUUGAGGACACUGAUGCAUGGCGAUUCUCUCUCCUGCUUGGCUUCAUUUUCCUGUACCAUUAAAGAUCUUCCCAUCUUCCAACCUCCUCCCUGGUCUUCUCAUACUCCUCAUCUUCCUUUACUGAGGUCUUUUAUUUUCCUUCUGAUUCUCUAAAUUACUUAUAUGUCUUCUCUCCAUCUCAAUAUCUUCAAUUUAUCCUCCCCUUUCUGGCUGGCUGUUCCUCUGCUAAUCCAAUGUGGUCUCUGGUUCCGGUGGUGGUCCUGCUUUCUCCUGCCUAUCCUGGGGUCUCCACCUUCUCUCAGUAGCAGGCGUAUUAUUACGCUGACGUUCUCACAGUGGGAUGUGCAGUUGGUGUUGGAUGUUGCUUUGGAACCCCUCUGGGAGGCAAGUGUAACAAUCGAAAACUAAAACUCAUAGGAUAGACCUCACCUAUUAUUGCAAAGGGCGACAUUAUGAAUUACAAAACAAGGCUACAAUAUAUCAUCACACACUUCUGGGAAGCACACCAGACAAAGCACAAACACAUUCAGCUUCUCUGAUAGAGCUGAACACAUGCAUCAACACACAAAUACAUGCUUUAGAAGGAAACACUGAUAAUAGACAUACAGGGUUAUUUACUGAAGUGAGAAUCUUCAGGCCUAAGAAACCUGACUUGGAGAUUCUUUUAAGGUUGGCUACAUAGGCCUUAGAUUUAAAAUUUCCUCUUAAUUCCAGAAAAUUCCCAUUUAGUGAAUAACCCAGAUAGUCUCCUGGUUUUGUCGUUGUGUAACUCACAGGGGAUUUGUGUCAUUGUGUGGUUGUCUAGGUGUCCUGUUCAGCAUUGAGGUUACAUCAUCCUAUUUUGCUGUGAGGAACUAUUGGCGAGGAUUCUUUGCAGCCACGUUCAGCGCAUUCAUCUUCCGUGUCCUCGCAGUGUGGAAUAAGGAUGCAGGUUGGUGGCCAUUCAUAGCUGUGUCUCCACAAUUCUUCUAACACAAUGUUCUAAUUUGGCAGUGCCACUUCUAUCUUUAGAUCAGGUGCAACAAUAUAAUUUUGUGUCCAAUGAAAACACAGUUGUGUUGCCCAAUGGUCAUGUUGAAAGUGAAGUACGAGAAGAGGACAAAGAUAAAGCUUUUUGUUGGUAAAGAUCAAAUGAAGAACACAGAAAUAAUCUUUAGCAAUGAGAUAUCUAAUGAUCACACCUAUUAUACAAUGUAACACUCAUACCUUCCACCAGAGGGAAACCUUGCACCUGAUGCUGGGCUGUAGAUGGGUUUGAGAUUCGAGUUUCAGAGAUUGCUCUAUAGCAAUUUAUAUACCUUAAUUGAAGAAAUAUAUGAUUUAACUGUAAUUACUGAUUACAUGAUUACAUGCAGACACGUUCAUUAAGCUGCACUGCUAGUGAUACAUUCAAACUACAAAUACCUAUAAGCAGGUUAUUUGACCACUUUUAUUUAUCUAUUUUUUUUCACACCAACAUGUGUUUUUACUUUUAUAUUAAUAAGAGACUGUAUACUGUCUAAAACUUUAAUUCUCCAAAAAUCGGCAUAAAAAUAUGAAUGAAUAAAUGAAAAAAAUAAAAAUUGUGUAUGUAAAUCAAGACGUGAGAACAAAACAAAGGUGGGGGUCUAGCAGCCCAAGGUAAAGCGGCUGGCAGAUACCCACCAACGAUGUAUUGCUGGUGGGGGUAACCCAAUGAAGAAUAUAAAAAAAGGUGGUUAAUAACUCCCCGUUUAGCAAUACCUACAGAAAUCGAUAGUAGUGUAACUUAGUAGUUAGUUAGGGACUGGAAGCUAAAUUAACACUGUUAUCUGAAAAUGGUGGAUAUCUAUCCAAUGCCUAAAUGUAUAAAACAAUACACUUAGCUAAGGUAAUGCAAUACUAAAAGUCACUGUCUCCUUAAAAAAAAUUCAGAUAAACACAUACAAGCAUACUAUCAGGACAUGGAGAACGGGAGGUUUUAGGGUUCAUUCAGUCCCGAACUAUAUACUAAGUUACUCUACACUUCCUGGGGUAUUGCUAUACAGGGUGUUAGUAACCCGUAUUAUUAUUUGGAGUGUACAUCACUUAGUAUUGAUUUGGGUACUCCGAUAUAACCUCCGACUUAUCCCUUCUUCUCGUUUUUUAUACGUACAUUAUUGUUACAGUGUUACUAGAUGUCACAAAUGUUUCUAUUGUCCUUAGAUGUUUAAUAAAUGUUUUAUUAUUAUCUGUGACUUUUCUCCCUCAUUUGGUGCCUAAUAGCUGUUAGGCCCAGAAUUGCAUGUUUCUUGUGCAUAUUAACAUAAUCGUAAAUUUUAAGUUUGUCGGAACAGCGAUAUAUAUAUACACACAAAGUUCCUAUUUUAGCAAGCGUUUAGAUGCCAGCUAUGAUUUUUAUAUUCCAAAUACAUGUUAUUAUAAGAUCUUUUUAAGCAGAAAUUACUGGUAGCAAAGGGGUUAAACAGAUAUAUCUGCAAACAGUAACACGGAUAUAUACCAACACAGCUGAUGUCCGUGAAUCCCGGCAUGGAACCGGAGCCAUGCUGAGAAAUUAACUCUUACAGUGAUGGGACAUUUCCGGUCAAUCUUGCGUGAAAUAUUUUCCAAGGCGACCAAUCACAGUGUUAUAACACAAAUCAAGGGGAGAGUUUGAAAGCCUCUACUGCCAUCACUUUCGGUCAGUCUGGACCCCUCCAGCUAUUCAUCUGGGGACCUGGAUUAUAAUUAUUUUCCUUAAUCAGAUUUUUAUUUUAAUCAGUUUUUUAUUUUAGUUAGUUAUUUUUUUAUCUCUUUUAGUCACCAUCACGGCGCUUUUCCGCACCAACUUUCGCAUGGAGUUUCCCUUUGACCUUCAGGAGUUGCCAGCGUUCGCUGUGAUUGGGUACGCAACGUCUCUGAUGGGUGGAUGGACCAAAUGAUAGAUAUUCGGAUGGAUAGAUAGAUAGAAAGAUAGAUAGAUGAAUAAUGAUUGACAAUUUUCAGAAUAAAAUAGCUGUUCAGUGAAUCAAUGUUGAUAAUUAGCUCGGGAAAUGGCUCCCAAUCUGAGAUGACAUAAUUUAGAAAGAAUCCCAUCCUAUAUCUAUAUCUCAGAUUUAUAGAAGAGAAGGACUGUUUACUGAUGGUCCAGCAAUGUGUCAUGUAAUGUCUUUCCAAACAGGAUUUGCUGUGGAUUCCUUGGAGCGUUCUUUGUCUUUCUGAACCGUCACGUGGUCCUGGGAAUCCGCAGACACAAGUCUCUGAGCACCUUCCUGAGCCGCUAGUAAGUCUCAACUGCUCCAGGACGUCUCCGUAGACAGUAAGGCCUCUCCAAUAUUGUAACAUUCAGUAUUACACAUGUCAGACAAAACGCACAAUUACACUGCAAUUCCUGUGAAAUUGCCAAACUAGAGAUAAUCUCCAAUUCCAACACAACAUGUUUAGAGGUAAAAUCAAUGUUUAAAACAGCCGUGGGCAUCUAUGUACAUAUCAUGUCUCUUCACAGAAAUAAAACACAGAAUACAUUUAACAAGCUGCUAUUUGCAUCUUUCAAAUUUUCAUAAUUAUACUGAAAGUGAGAAAAGUAAAAAGUAUACAUAGGAUGAAUUAUUAUUAUUAUUAAAUUUAUUGGAAACACAUUUCCUAUGGUUGUUAUUUUAAUCUUGUGUAGAGUUCAUGUUCUGAAUGGUUGCGUAAAUCUCCUUUAUUUCCUGUUAUCCCUCUCUCCCCGCCUCUCUGACAUUUGAUGCAAGUCGUCUUAUUUAUCCAGCGGUGAUAACUUUCUCCAUCGCGACCCUGACCUUCCCCCCGGGAUUUGGGCAGUUCAUGGCUGGAGAGGUAAGAUAUAUGUUCAUCGGGGGAGGAUAGUCUUACUAGGAAACGUUUAUUAAGAGUUUGUAUCUCCUCAGCUAAUGCCGCGCGAAAGUAUCACCGUUUUGUUUGAUAACAACACUUGGACCAAGCAUGUGGGUGACACGUCAGUCCUUGGGCGUUCUGCUGCCUUCAUCCACCCAAACGUGAGCGUCUUUGUUACGCUGCCCCUCUUCUUCAUCAUGAAGGUAAAGAUUGAGAAAGAGGAUUCUCUGUGAAUCAGGUAAUGUAACGAUGCAAUGAAAACAUUUCUGACGCUUAAAUCAUGGAGAACGAGAGAACACUGAAGUAACAUGUAACAGGUCUGAGAUGUUUCGUGUUCAUAUUUCACACACCUUGUGAAAACCAACGAGUUGUCUGUCCCACUUACCGCCUGCCACACGUUCUAAGAUUUAACUGCAUAAAAUAUGCUUAUCUUGAUUUAAUACCCAUAUAUGAUAGAUUUUUCCUGUGAGCUUUUUAUAAUAUGGUGUUGUGACGAGACCAAUCUCGCCACAUUGCAUUGGAGAAGCCUGGUUGCUCGCCUGCUGCCUUUGGACUAUGGCCCCAUGUUAAAAGACAUCUUUUUUCCCUGCAGAAAAGACUUAUUCGUGCUUUUCUGCUGGGUGUUCGGUAGAGUCAAUCUACCGAACAACCGCACGAAUGAAUAGACCACCUGGGAGCUGGAGUGUGCCGGCAAUUAACCUCCCUGAAGCUGCGGUUAACCGCAGCUUAAUUGACGAAUGCUGGGUGGCCGCCAUUCGUAUCACGAACACGAGGUCGCGGCCAUUUUAAACAGGCGAAUGCACACCGGUGUUCGACGCUUAAUUCAUGGAACUGAAAUCGGACACAGUUCGGUAGUUUUGUUUGAAUGUGUUAUACCCCAGAUAGGAAUCCCAUGGAGCCCAUUCGCAUGAAACUGACUGUGUAAAGACUUUGGCUCCAUGGCGAUUAAACUGUAUUUGUGUGGUCUGAGCGCCAUUCGCUUAAGAAUGUGCGCUCAGACCUGAGCUAUCUGGGGACAUGUUAAAUGUAUGAUUUUAAUGUUAUGUGUCUUACAUAGUGUAUUUUAAUAGUAAUUCAUGUUUUAGUAUCCCCACGUGCAUAAUGGCGAUUUGCCUUUGUCUUGGGAGAUAAUUUAAUUACUUCUCAAUUAUCUCCAAGGCAGAGGGGAGGAAGCCAGGAUGCAUUGUGGGAAUACAAUGUGACUUUGUGUCCUAUUUGUCAACUUGUCUGUCUUUUGUCACAGUCUCCCAUUUGGUCCCCUAGGGGAGUGUCCACCAGGUGGGAGACCUGCAUAAAUACUGGGCAGGUAGCCCUCAUUAAACCAGACCACUGCUUGACCCUCAACACGGAGCCUUGUCUCGUCUUUGGGGGGAUUUACUGAAUGCUGAUAGAGACUGAUUGCUAGGAGUGUAAGCUGCUUGGAGGCUUUUCCUAUUCGUCUGCUAGCAGUGAUUCGUAUGGUUCCAGUUCGUGUGUUUGGAGUGCUAUAUAUAUUGGAUGCUGUUCGGGAGUUUGGAGCAUUCAAUUAUUGGCGGUUCGUGUGUUUGGUGUUCUACAAUAGCUGUGCCUGCAUCUCUGGAAAGGGGGAUGAUCGCCUAAACGGUUUUUACCCCUUGUGUGCAAAACGGUCCAUUACAGGUGUUAAAUGGAUACAGUUAUUUUGAAGGUGUAUAUAACAUAACAUUUAUAUAUUUUGAGGAAUGGUCCAAACACUAUAACUACUUCAUAGCGCUGUAGUGCUUAUGGAACCAGAAGCCUGAUGGUACUGCCUAUAGUCUGCCAGUAUUGCCUAAUGGUGCUGCCUACAGUCUGCAAGCAUUGCCUGGUUGUACUGCCUAUAGUCUACCAGUGUAGCCUGAUGGUACUGCCUACAGUCUGCCAGUGUUGCCUAUAUUCUGUUAGUGUUUUCUUCAAAUGUAACCUUUAGUUUUCAAUAGUUGCCAGGUAUUAUAGCCUAUAUUCUGCCAAUAAAAUGUCUUGUGAUUCUCUUUCUAGUUUCUGAUGUCGGUCAUAGCCACCACAAUGCCUAUUCCUUGCGGUGCAUUUAUGCCGGUGUUUGUUCUCGGUAAGUGAAAAAAAGUUUGAAAAAUGGUACAUGUGUAGACAGGUGAAGAACCCUGACAUCUGUAGUUUAUAAACACACCACCUCUUUAUUAUCUACAGUCUUUUGCUUAAUCCCUGUCCUCACAAAGUCCUAACUCCAUCCUUGCUGGGUCUGUUUGUUUCUGGCAUGAUAAUGGUUUGGGGGCACCAUGCUUUCUUGUGUCUGUUCAUGUCUGGCAUGAAAAUGGUUUGGGGGCAACAUGCUUUCUUGGGUUUUUACGUUUCUGACAUGAUAGUGUUCCAUGGGUGCCAUCCUUGCUUAAGUUCUUACAUCAAGAAUUUUUCAAUGUGGGUCGAGAAAAGCAAACACCUGAUGUAUAAUUUGGAAGAAAUUUCAAUUGUUUUAGCACAUUUGGAUUUAUCAUAUAUGUGUAAUUCAUUUUUUCAACACAGAAAUCAUAGAUGAAAUUUAUAUAUUUUCUAGGUGCUGCCUUCGGAAGGACAGUCGGGGAGUUAAUGGCAUAUCUGUUCCCCAACGGGAUUCUGUUUGAUGGCAUUGUCUACAAGAUCUUACCUGGCGGCUAUGCUGUGAUUGGUAAGUAUCUGACUCUGUUAUCCAUUUAAGUGUUAUUCUAUCAGCCGUAUGUUUCUCAAACUCUAUUUAGAAGUGGUUUAAUAUAGGAUCCAUGGCUACUUUUACAUGUCUGGUCAAGGCAAUGUAGCACCAAUGCUGCUUUCACAGGUCAUGAGGUAACGAGGUUCAUUCUAAAAAGAUCUCUACAACCAUACGCCCUGAACUACAGAUCUCAUAAAUAUUACCAUGGCAGGGGUUUAUUUAAUAUCUUCUUUAAAAAGUUUUGGGAGUACCAGGGAGUGUUUAUGAUUUAAUGUUUUAAUACUAUGAAUAAAUGUUUGCGUUUUGUAACGUAUUAAAUUGUCAUCAAUGCCAUCCUCAAUAUUGAGUGUUCCUGUAAUUUCUUUGUAGCUGAAAACAUCCAUUUUGGUGAAAAAGUGACAUGCUUGUUGUUGCCUAUAAUAUACUAUUCAUAUGAGUCUUUUUAAUACAGUUUCUAUUAUUGUCUUAAAUAUCUUACAUGAUUUCUUUUUUGACUGUCUCUUAGGGGCGGCCGCACUCACUGGAGCAGUCACUCACACAGUCUCAACAGCCGUCAUCUGCUUUGAGCUGACGGGGCAAAUUUCCCAUAUCCUCCCUAUGCUUAUUUCUGUCAUUAUGGCAAAUGUGGUUGCCCAGAACCUUCAGCCAAGUCUUUAUGAUUCCAUCAUCCAGGUUAAGAGGCUGCCAUACCUGCCGGAUUUGUCAUCCUGUCACGUUAGGUGAGAUAGCCAAGCUCUAGCCUGGAGCCCAUGCAGCUGAGCAAAGGAAACGUUAAACUGUCAUACAGCCAGUUUUCCGACUUCGAGCUAGUGGUGGACUCUCAACCAGUCACACAAAGAAAGCGAUGCCUGUUUGUAACUCACAUGAUGUUUAGGUGAUAAUGGGGAGAAUUGACAAGGGCCUUUGUAACCAGGUUCUUUGUAACCAGAAAGGGAGGAAUCUGCACUCAUAUGAUAAAUUAAACCAGAAGCACAGCUGGACUUGAGGCUGGGAAACCCCAUAUAUGAGAGUGAGAACAUAAACAGCAAUGCUUUGACCUCGAAUUAGGUUUUUAUCAAGCUCAUUGGAGGUCAAAGAGUUGCUGUUUAUCUUCUGACUCUCCAAAUUAAUCUGCUACCUUAAUAGCCAGUAUCACAUUGCUUUUUACAAGGGCAUGCUUUUUUGCCCAGAAAUCUAAUAAUGUGCUCAGUAGUUUUGGUAGAAUGCGCAGGGCAAUUUAUUUUCUAUCCUGCUCAUAGUUUGCAUUUUAAGUGAAUCUGCGUCCAAUGCAUUUUAAUACUAUCCAGCAGUAAUCCAUGUAUUUUCUAGAAAACACAUUAUAAGCACUUAAUCCAAAGCAUUCUAUAUGUUCUUCUUAUCAUAAAAAAGUAUUUUAGUCACUUUGAAGAAUUCAAUCAGGUACAGGAACACUCUAAACACCAAAAAAACUUUAGCUUAAUGAAGUUGUUUUGGUGUAUAGAUCAUGCCCCUGCAGUCUCCAUGCUUAGUAUAUGCAGCCUAGACGUGCCCGUUCCUCUCUAUAGGGGACAUGCCAGUUCCUCUCUAUAAUUGGAAUGUGCCAGUUCCUCUCUAUAGGGGACGUCCCAGUUCCUCUCUAUAAGGGACGUGCCAGUUCCUCUCUAUAGGGGACGUGCCAGUUCCUCUCUAUAAUUGGAAUGUGCCAGUUCCUCUCUAUAGGGGAUGUGCCAGUUCCUCUCUAUAAUUGGAAUGUGCCAGUUCCUCUCUAUAAUUGGAAUGUGCCAGUUCCUCUCUAUAAUUGGAAUGUGCCAGUUCCUCUCUAUAAUUGGAAUGUGCCAGUUCCUCUCUAUAGGGGACGUGCCAGUUCCUCUCUAUAGGGGACGUGCCAGUUCCUCUCUAUAAUUGGAAUGUGCCAGUUCCUCUCUAUAGGGGAUGUGCCAGUUCCUCUCUAUAAUUGGAAUGUGCCAGUUCCUCUCUAUAGGGGACGUGCCAGUUCCUCUCUAUAAUUGGAAUGUGCCAGUUCCUCUCUAUAAGUGGAAUGUGCCAGUUCCUCUCAAUAAGUGGGAAGUGACAGUUCCUCUCUAUUGGAGACAUUCCAGUUCCUCGGGGAUGUGCCGAUUCCUCUCUAUAGGGCACAUUCCAGUUCCUUUCUAUAAAGGAUGUGCCAAUUCCUCCCAAUAAGUGGGAUGUACCAAUUCUUCUCUAUAGGGGAUGUGCCAAUUCCACCCCAUAAGUGGGGUGUGCCAAUUCCUCUCUAUAGGAGACAUGCCAGUUCCUCUCUAUUGUGUAUGUGCAAAUUCCUCUCUAUAUGGUAUGUGCCAGUUCCUCCCUAUAGGUGACAUUCCAGUUCCUCUCUAUAGGGGAUGUGCCAGUUCCUCUCUAUAGGGGAUGUGCCAGUUCCUGUCUAUAGGGGACGUUCCAGUUCCUCUGUAUAGGGGAUGUGCCAGUUCCUGUCUACAGGGGACAAGCCAGUUCCUGUCUAUGGGGGACGUGACAGUUCCUCUCUAUAGGGGACAUUCCAGCUCGUCUCUAUCAAGGAAGUGCCAGUUCCUCUCUAUAGGGGACGUGCCAGUUCUUCCCUAUAGGGGUCGUUUCAUCUCCUCUCUAUAGGGGAUGAACCUGUUCCCCUCUAUAGUGGUGUACUGUAGUGGUGUUUGUAUCCAAAGGCUGAUUCUGACAUCACCUGCACAGCUUAUUUUAAAGUAAUACAUUAUUUAAUCUGAUAUUUGCCCUAUACUGUGGAAUACCUCAAAUGUAUCGUUUCCAGCCAAGUGUGGAUAUUUUGAAUGUAAACCUGACUUUUCUUUAACAGUAAAUACAAUAUUUUUGUGGAAGACAUUAUGGUGAGAGAUAUCCGGUUUAUCUCAUCGCGCUGUACCUACAAAGACCUACUUGAUGUUCUGCAGAGCUGCACGCAUAAGAGUCUGCCCCUAGUGGAGUCGGCAGGUAAUGCAAUUUGUAUAAAAAUAUAUACCUUUUAUUAUUAUUAUUAUUAUUAUUACGAUUAUUUCUAUAGCACUAACAUAUUCUGUCAUUUUACAAUGGGAUAUAACAGAAAAUAAGAGACAAACGAUUACACUUGUUAACAGGUAAAAGAGGUGAAUGAUGGCUGUUGUUUAAUGAGAUUACACUUCUGGCACCCUUUCCGGCAGCGAUUGAGAAGUUAUGGCAUUGCUGCGGGCUGUGAAUACCAUCAUACUCAGCCAUCCAGAAUGCCCAACAUGAUGGGACUCAUAGAUUGCAGCAUUAGGGCUGUCACACGUCACUGUUUUCUGCAUUGAAAAAAUCCCAUAAAUCGGCGUCGAGCUGACAAUGACAGGAAAACGAAUGCAAAAUCAAUAUGGUGGAAAAUAUUCCAUCUGAGCUUUGCUCGCAGUGUGGAUGUAAUAAAUGUCAGCACAGCACAGGCAAUGCUCACAGGAGCUGGGGCCCAUUUCCUUAUUUUUCCAAAAUCCCUUGUAAUACGAAGAGAGACAUGUCACCUCCAUUUAUUUAAUUAGUAGCUGUGCCACUUUAAUGGAACGAUUGGCGUUAAUCAUACUGCACGGAGUGAAAGGGCAGAGAUUUAAGGCAGUGUAUGAAGGGCUAAUGCAGCGGGUGUGGACUAUACUCUGAAAUAUCACAUUGUGAUUUGUAGAACACGUGGUAUAAUUCAUGGUUUUUAGGAGGAGCUUAGAUCCACACACCUGGGAGGGGUCAUGUGAUUUACCCUUUUGCUGAGUCCCUGAUGAUUAUUAAUCAGUGGCGCAUGCUUGGUACACACACAAACACUGUACUUGUACCAAUAAAUGGCACACAGUCCUAGUAUUCUGAAACAGAGGAUCUCUGAUUAUAAUGAAACGUUGCUUUCUCAGAGUGUAUGGUGCUGCUGGGCUCCAUCGAGAGGUCGGAAAUAGUUGCUUUACUGGAGAGGAGACUAUCACGGGAAAGAAGACAGCGUUUGGCCUCCCCCCCAUACAAAGGUCAGAGAUUGGCGGACCCACCGGGGAAGAGAGACUCCUUCCAAUAUGUAGAUGAAGAAGACAUGGCGGGAGAGGAGGAAGUGAAGAAAGAGGUGAGGAAAUGGGGGUUUAUCAUACUCAUCAUGCCCAAACAAGUAGAUAGAGUGCACAAUAAUUACUAAUGGUGCACACUCUUAUAUCUGCCAAAAAUAAAACUCAGUAAUAUCAUCAAUACAUGAAAAUCUCUACCUUGUGAGUGUCAAAGAAGAAUUAUUCUGCGCUCUCCCCGGGGCGAGCUCACGCACACACCGCGGGCUGGAUAUUAUGAUAAUUAAACACAGUCAUGAAGUGAGAAAACGUAACCAAUGAAGGGAAAAGACGAGGAGCACUAAUAAAUAUAUAUUUACAUUUUUACUCCUUUUUUCCCUCUAUUUAUCUCUGAAUAUAAUAUUUAGUUAUUAAUUGCCAUCAGUCAUCUAUUUCCCAUCAAUCAUCUCUUUUUUGAUGGCACGGAGGAAACUCUAAGUCACGAACAGACAUGCUCUCCCAGUGUUUGGGAAUAUUUCCAAAUGGCGUUUCGGAGUUAUGGAACUUGGAAAAUUGUCAUUAAUGCGGAUGAAUUGCACUUAAAGGGAAACUCCAGGUCCCCUCUCCCUCCCACCUCCCAAUCCCCGGUUGCUGAAGGAGUGAAAACCCCUUUAGUCACUUACCAGAGGCAGCAACAAUGUCCCACGUCACUGCUUCUUCCUCCGCCGCCGCUCCUCCCAGUGAUUGCGUCAGCCGGUGGGCAAGACUGAUCCCGCCCACCGGCCGGGGAGACCUAAUGCGCAUGUCGCGCAUGCCACGCAUGCGCAUUAGAGCUCCCCAUAGGAAAGCAUUGAAAACGCUUUUCAAUGCUUUCCUAUGGGGAAAUGAGCAACACUGGAGGUCCUCACACAGCGUGAGGACAUCCAGCGAAGAUCUAGCACAGGUUUCCUGUGCUAGGGACACGGAAGUGCCCUCUAGUGGCUGUCUAGUAGACUAAAGGUAGACUAGAGGUGGAGUUAACCCUGCAAGGUAAUUAUUGCAGUUUAUAAAAAACUAUAAAACUAUAAGAGUAGUGGGAGUUGGCACCCAGACCACUCCAAUGACCAGAAGUGGUCUGGGUGCCUGGAGUGUCCCUUUAAGGCAAGAUCAGACACACAAGUCUAAAUGAUAUUAUGAGAAACAGCAAACACAAUGUAAACCUGUUUUCAUCGUCUUCCUCUUUGUAGCUUGUUGAAGAAUGUAAUGGGCCGAUCACCCCAAAAAGCUCUUGUGAGGCCCCCAAUGCUCCAACACAACCAGGUAAUGCCUCAGUCUCACUUCUGUAGUGGUUCAUUUUAUGAUAACAGCACAUGUCACUGUAACACGACUCACUCUUCAAGUGGAAAUAUCCCUUUUUCAAAAAGAGACCUUUCGAUAUUUUGUAGCCCCCCCAAUCCCCGGGUGUGAGCUGCUAUGUUUCCUGAGUAUUCUACAGACAGCAGUUACAUUGUAAUGUCCGUAUCCCUUUAGUGUAAAAUAUAUUGGGGGGAUUAAUUGACCCCCUCUCCCCACCCCAGUGUGAUCUGCUGUGUUCCCUGAGUAUUCUACAGACAGCAGUUACAUUGUAAUGUCCGUAUCCCUUUAGUGUAAAAUAUAUUGGGGGGAUUAAUUGACCCCCCUCCCCUCCCCCCCCCAGUGUGAUCUGCUGUGUUCCCUGAGUGUUCUACAGACAGCGGUUACAUUGUAAUGUCCGUAUCCCUUUAGUGUAAAAUAUAUUGGGGGGAUUAAUUGACCCCCCUCCCCUCCCCCCCCCAGUGUGAUCUGCUGUGUUCCGAGUGUUCUACAGACAGUGGUUACAUUGUGAUGUUACAGUGGAAAUAUGUUUCUGAAAUAAGGGUUUGAAGAUAUGUAUUUUCUAUAUUACUGCCAAACAUGUCCUUAUAAAACUCAUUUCACAGCAGUUUGGUUAUAUGAAUUGUUUACAUAUAAUGAAAAUAUUGUUUUAAAUAUGGAAAAUCCAAUAGGAAGAUUUGUUUCCAUUAGGAAUGUUUGAUACAGGACUUACAAUGUAAUACAAAGCUGUGACAUUUGUUUCAUUAUCUCUCCAUGUGUAUUAUUUAAACUUUGUCUCCACAGCCAGUUUGUAUCAGAGGUUUCGCUCAGCUGCCCAGAGCAUCUUCUGCAAUCCCGAGGAACCGAAACCAGAAGAGAUAACACAGGUCAGAGAACAAUCCAUUUUCCCUAGAGUUUGGUGGAGGAAUGACUAGCAGGGUUAGAGCAGACAGAUCAGGGAGCAGUGUGUGUUUGGUGGAGGAAUGACUAGCAGGGUUAGAGCAGACAGGUCAGGGAGCAGUGAGUGCUUGGUUGAGGAAUGACUAGCAGGAUUAGGGCAGACAGGUCAGAGAGCAGUGAGUGCUUGGUGUAGGAAUGACUAGCAGGGUUAGAGCAGACAGGUCAGGGAGCAGUGAGUGCUUGGUUGAGGAAUGACUAGCAGGGUUAGAGCAGACAGGUCGAUGAGCAGUGAAUACUUGGUUGAGGAAUGACUAGCAGGGUUAGAGCAGACAGGUCAGAGAGCAGUGAGUGCUUGGUGUAGGAAUGACUAGCAGGGUUAGGGCAGACAGGUCAGAGAGCAGUGAGUGCUUGGUGUAGGAAUGACUAGCAGGGUUAGAGCAGACAGGUCAGGGAGCAGUGAGUGCUUGAUUGAGGAAUGACUAGCAGGGUUAGAGCAGACAGGUCGAUGAGCAGUGAAUACUUGGUUGAGGAAUGACUAGCAGGGUUAGAGCAGACAGGUCAGAGAGCAGUGAGUGCUUGGUGGAGGAAUGACUAGCAGGGUUAGAGCAGACAGGUCAGGGAGCAGUGAGUGCUUGGUGUAGGAAUGAAUAGUAGGAUUGAUGAAUGCUUUGUUUAAUGAAUUAUGAGAUUAGAAGACUCUCUCCUUUGCUCCAGUACCGGAUGUUAGGAUAUGGAGAAAACGUUAAUUAUCAUCAUAUUUGGACAUGAGCCGUAGAACUGCACACAAACUGCCUAACUGGUGAUGAAUGAAAGAUCAGCCUCUUAGGAAGAUCCCCGCCACAAGUUGAUGGUACUUACUGUUGAAUGCUUUCUUAUUUUUCUGCAGGUAUCUGAACCUGAAGAUACUAUGACACCUGAAGAGGUAAGAACAUUAUGGAAGAAUGAAAGACAGUAAAAACAUGGCAAGAGACUAGACAACUAGGGACGUGGACUAAAAGGGAGGAGGGUGUAAGAAGCCACAUUUAGGGGACAGAAUUCACAUUAAGCACUCUCCCUCUUAUAGUGCUAAUUACAUUAGGGAAAUGAGAACAACAUAGGACGACAUCUCCUGGGUGUUACAUUCAUGGGGGGUGAUGUGGAUGUGGUAUGGCCUUUGUGGGGUGCGGAGAGGGUAGCUCUGUGUUUCAGGAAUACUUGGAAUAGGAUGAGACACAGUAUGAAUGCACACACCCUGAUAAAUUUAUUUCUACAUAUCUAUGGAGCAUCUUCCCCUGGUUCUGGAUAACUUGAGAGGCCUCACACACCAUAUCCACUGCAAGCAGUAACCUCCAUUCUACCAGGAACUCCCAGCAAGCUCUGCGGGGACCCUCACACACUAUAUCCACUGCAAGCAAUGUGUUCCAUUCAUAGAUAGGACACCACAACAUCACUGUUGAGACCUGGGAAAUAUUGCAGUGUGGGAGCCUGGAAUUAAUAAUAUAAACCCACCCAGUAUAAUUGUAACCUAACCUACACAGUGCAUUUAACGUGUGUAAUAGCCUGGAGUGUCCCUUUACUUAUAUAAACCCACCCAGUAUAACUAACUGUAACCUAACCUACACAGUGCACCUAACGUGUGUGGGUGUCUGGAGUGUCCCUUUAAUAAUAUAAACCCACCCAGUAUAACUAACUGUAACCUAACCUACAUAGCGCACCUAACGUGUGUGGGAGCCUGGAGUUUCCCUUUAAUAAUAUAAACCCACCCAGUAUAACUAACUGUAACCUAACCUACACAGUGCACCUAACGUGUGUGGGUGUCUGGAGUGUCCCUUUAAUAAUAUAAACCCACCCAGUAUAACUAGCUGUAACCCACCUACACAGUGCACCUAACAUGUGGGGGAGCCUGCAUUAUAUAGCCUUUAUUGUAGAAAUCCAUCCAGUAUAACUAACUGUAACCUAACCUACACAGUGCACCUAACGUGUGUGGGAGCCUGGAGUGUCCCUUAAUAAUAUAAACCUACAUAAUGCACCUAACGUGUGUGGGAGGCUAGAGUGUCCCUUUAAUAAUAUAAACCUACAUAGUGCACCUAACGUGUGUGGGAGCCUGAAAUUUCCUGUUAAUAACGUAAACCCACCCAGUAUAACUAACUGUAACCUAAAUUACACAGUGCACCUAACGUGUGUGGAAGACUGGUGUGUCCCUAUAAUAAUAUAAACUCACCCAGUAUAACUAACUGUAACGUCACAUGUGUGGGAGCCUGGAGUGUCCCUAUAAUAUAACUAACUGUAACCUAACCUACACAGUGCAUCUAAUGUGUGUGGGAGCCUGGCGUGUCCCUUUAAUAAUAUAAACCCAUCCAGUAUAACUAACUGUAACCUAACCUACACAGUGCACCUAACGUGUGUGGGAGCCUGGAGAGUCCCUUUAAUAAUAUAAACCCACCCAGUAUAACUAAUUGUAACCUAACCUACACAGUGCACCUAACGUGUGUGGGAGCCUGGAGUGUCCCUUUAAUAAUAUAAACCCACCCAGUAUAACUAACUAUAACCUAACCUACACAGUGCACCUAACGUGUGUGGGAGCCUGGAGAGUCCCUUUAUUAAUAUAAACCCACCCAGUAUAACUAACUAUAACCUAACCUACACAGUGCACCUAACGUGUGUGGGAGCCUGGAGAGUCCCUUUAUUAAUAUAAACCCACCCAGUAUAACUAACUAUAACCUAACCUACACAGUGCACCUAACGUGUGUGGGAGCCUGGAGAGUCCCUUUAUUAAUAUAAACCCACCCAGUAUAACUAACUAUAACCUAAUCCACACAAUGCACCUAACGUGUGUGGGAGCCUGGAGAGUCCCUUUAUUAAUAUAAGCCCAUCCAGUAUAGCUAACAGUAACCUAACCUACACAGUGCACUGUACUUGUGUAGGACCCUAGAGUGUCCCUUUAAUAAUAUAAACCGACCCAGUAUAACUAACUAUAACCUAACCUACACAGUGCACCCAACGUGUGUAGGAGCCUGGAGUGUCCCUUUAAUAAUAUAAACCCACCCAGUAUAACUAACCGUAUCCUAAUUAUAACCUAACCUUCACAGUGCACCUAACGUGUGUGAGAGCCUGGAGUGUCCCUUUAUUACUAUAAACACACCCAGCAUAAUUGUAACCUAACCUACAUAGUGCACCUAACAUGUUGAAAUCUGUAGUGUCCCUUUGAACGCUGAUAUUGUUCUAAACAUUAAUAUGUUUGUGAUGGAGCUCCCUGUACCCCGGCUGGGUACCUCCGCCAAAGAACCGCUUCCUAGCUGGAACAGGGGAAAAACCACAGCACUUCUGCCCACAGUUGCUGUGGCUUGACUGGGGCCCUGAACCGCUCAUUCCUGGAGCCGAAUGGGGAAUUUGCUCUAGACACCCCAAGGCACUGGAUGACACACAGGCCUGGGAGCUCUAGUCCUUACAAGGACUUUCCCCAUUGAAUCCCCUGCAAGCUGGAACAGCAGACACAGGGGUUAAAUCUUCAUUCCCUCCAAUAACAGGACGACAUACAGUUUUGCAGUGCAAGCUGGAAUAGAUUUUAAUGGUGCCACACUUGGCCUUAUAUGACAAUCCCCAUGCAAGGGGUAUGCCCACAUGGACCUGAUGGUGGACUGAUUUGCAACUUCACAGACCAAUAACAAUAAGGUUACAAGGCACGACACUCCCACACACAGCACACAAUCCCUCCCAUCUGCCUGGGAGAUAAUUGGAUCAGUAAUUGUACUAAUUCUAAUCCAAUUAUCUCCAAGCCUGAUCUGGGUGGCCAACAUAUCCAAAAAUCUCCCAGAUCAGUUCAGGAGUUCAGAAAUUCUAUGGAAGUCAUUUAUUUGACCAACCGCAGGCAUGGUACCAUGCCCAAAACAGUUCCAGAAAAUCCGGGCUUGCAGUUGGUCUAGUUCGGUAGUUUGAAAAUGAACAAACUACCAAACAGAGUCAAUAGUCUUACCCUGGAGCUUGUUCCCUUCAUCCAGACGAAUGAUCUCAUCUAACAGUGCCUUUCUAAGUUGAAUAGAAACGAACGCAGACAAUGAUGGAAGUCCAAUGGUGUUUGGGAGUUUCUGUAUCCGAUUUUAGUACCAUUGCGGUGAGAAACGUUCCAAUUAGUUAAUAGGUGUUAACUAGCUCCAGGGUGGUCUCUGUUCGUGUGGCUGUUCGGUAAAUGCACCAUAUAAUCCCAAUUGCACGAACAGAGACUUUUACAUUAUUUUUCACAGGCUCCAUAGUCUGUGGGCAGGAGGUUGGCAAGCAGGCUCCUUCAUGAGCUCGUGGCAAAAAGGGGACUUUGUCACAAUGUUAUUCCAUUACACUCAAGUCAGUUAUGUGCUCAAAUAGGCUAAUUUAGUAUAAAAGGUGAAAUUCACUUAGAACUAUUGACGAGUGAUACUUUAGUGAAGGCUUUUUAUUUUCUUAUGUUUGCAGAUCCUGGUCUGGGAGCAGCAGGAACUUGCGAAGAUGGCCUCGUUUGACAGCUGUCUAAUCGAUCCAUCACCAUUUCAGCUGGUGGAGAGGACGUCUCUUCAUAAAGUGAGUUGGAGAGACAUAUUUAUUUAUUCAUGUCUCUUAAACAGCGGAUAUUACAUGUCUCAUUGAAUGUCUUGUUCCUGCAGACGCACACGCUAUUUUCGCUCCUGGGUCUCAGCCUGGCAUAUAUUACCAGUGGUGGAAAACUUAGAGGUGUCAUCGCAUUGAAAGAGGUGAGAAGUCUGAACGCAAUGAGUAUAGGAGGAGACGGAGUAACACUUUGCUUUGGUGUUUUUUCACAUUGUACCAAUGACCUAACAGGUCAUUACAAUCUAAAAUCCAUAUAGAAUCUAUAUUGUAUAAUAAUAAUUAUUAAACAUCGGAAUGUUUUCUGAUUUUUGGUUGGAUUGCAUGAUCAAAUUCACAUAAAUCUCACAACUUUUUUCCUGCUGGUGCUGAUUUUCGAACUUUUUAUAUUCUUAAAACCGGCUUAACGUCGUAGUUAAUCACACAUUCUUGAGAACGAUGUUCCAAAUUUCUAUAGUUAGCAACAAAAUAAAAUGGAUCCAUUUUGGAAACAUUUGUGUAAUGAACAUGCUGCAUUUCAAUUUGACCCUGAUAUGGGUGUAUGUUUCUGUAUAUAAAGUGCAUGUCUUGUGUUAUCAGCUUUGCUAUGUUAUUGUUAUAUUAUUUGUCCUUUAAAAGAUUAACGAAGAAUAAUGUAAAUACAUUUUAUAAAGUUCAGGGCCGGUGUUUGUGCCAACACUGUGACUAGUGAUUGUGGUAUUGGUUAAUUGCCAAUCUAGUCUAUGCAUUAAACCACAGAUUCAUUUUAUGUCUAAAAUAACCAAAUGGUAGAACUGCAGCUAUACUGGCCUUAAACUGAUUUUAAGGGAACUCCUGACAAAUCAUAGUUCAAUGGAAAACAGGGCAGUUAAUGAAAUAUUGACAUUGAUGCCGGAUAGACAGGAUAUAUUAUUAUACAAACUCUCAUACAGAUCAGUAUAUUACAGGAUAUCCCGGAAACCUCAGGAAUAAAUGCUGCUUAGCCUCCCCACUGAAGAGCCGCUAAACUGGCGAAAUCCCUGUCGAUGCUCUUGCUAUAUCCUAGUUAAUUACCAAUUUAGAGAUUUUGGACACAUUGUACCCUCUUGAUAUUUGGGAGUUUUGGCUAUAGGAAUAUAGUGAUAAUUUAGUUCAGCUAGUUUGCAGUUACAGUUGGCAUGUUAUUUAGCCUGAUAGCUCAGGUGCCCUCAAAGACACAAACAGGCAGUUUAUAUAUUACAUUAGGUGCCCUCAAAGGCACAAUCAGGGAGUUUAGACAUUACACGAGGUGCCCUCGAAGGUGCUAUCAGGGAGUUUAGACAUUACAUUAGGCGCCCUCCAAGACACAAUCAGGGAGUUUAUAUAUUACAUCAGGUGCCCUCGAAGACGCAAUCAGGGAGUUUAGACAUUACAUUAGGUGCCCUCCAAGAAACAAUCAGGGAGUUUAACUCCCUGAUUGUGUCUUCGAAGGCACAAUCAGGGAGUUAGACAUUACAUUAGGUGCCCUCCAAGACACAAUCAGGGAGUUUAUAUAUUACAUCAGGUGCCCUCGAAGACGCAAUCAGGGAGUUUAGACAUUACAUUAGGUGCCCUCCAAGACACAAUCAGGGAGUUUAACUCCCUGAUUGUGUCUUCGAAGGCACAAUCAGGGAGUUAGACAUUACAUUAGGUGCCCUCCAAGACACAAUCAGGGAGUUUAUAUAUUACAUCAGGUGCCCUCGAAGACGCAAUCAGGGAGUUUAGACAUUACAUUAGGUGCCCUCCAAGACACAAUCAGGGAGUUUAACUCCCUGAUUGUGUCUUCGAAGGCACAAUCAGGGAGUUAGACAUUACAUUAGGUGCCCUCCAAGACACAAUCAGGGAGUUUAGACAUUACAUUAGGUGCCCUCGAAGGUGCAAUCAGGGAGUUUAGACAUUACAUUAGGUGCCCUCUAAGGUGCUAUCAGGGAGUUUAGACAUUACAUUAGGUGCCCUCGAAGGCGCAAUCAGGGAGUUUAGACAUUACAUUAGGUGCCCUUGAAGGUGCUAUCAGGGAGUAUAUAUAUUAUAUUAGGUGCCCUCGAAGGUGCAAUCACUGAGUUUAGACAUUAAAUUAGGUGCUCUCAAAGGCACAAUCAUGGAGUUUAGACAUUACAUUAGGUGCCCUCGAAGACACAAUCAGGGAGUUUAGACAUUACACUAGUUUCCCUCGAAGGUGCUAUCAGGGAGUUUAGACAUUACAUUAGAUGCCCUGGAAGGCGCAAUCAGGGAAUUUAAACAUUACAUUAGAUGCCCUCGAAGGCAAAAUCAGGGAGUUUAGACAUUACCUAAGGUGCCCUCGAAGACACAAUCAGGGAUUUUAGACAUUACAUUAGGUGCCCUCAAAGGCGCAAUCAGCGAGUUUAGACAUUACAUUAGGUGCCCUCGAAGGUGCAAUCAGUGAGUUUAGACAUUACAUUAGGCACCCUCAAAGGUGCAAUCAGGGAGUUUAGACAUUACAUUAGGCACCCUCGAAGGUGCAAUCAGGGAGUUUAGACAUUACAUUAGGUGCCCUCGAAGACACAAUCAGGGAUUUUAGACAUUACAUUAGGUGCCCUCGAAGGUGCAAUCAGGGAGUUUAGACAUUACAUUAGGCGCCCUCGAAGGUGCAGUCAGGGAGCUUAGACAUUACAUUAGGUGCCCUCGAAGACGCAAUCAGGGAGUUUAGACAUUACAUUAGGUGCCCUCGAAGGUGCAAUCAGGGAGUUUAGACAUUACAUUAGGCACCCUCGAAGGUGCAAUCAGGGAGUUUAGACAUUACAUUAGGUGCCCUCGAAGACACAAUCAGGGAUUUUAGACAUUACAUUAGGUGCCCUCGAAGGUGCAAUCAGGGAGUUUAGACAUUACAUUAGGCGCCCUCGAAGGUGCAGUCAGGGAGUUUAGACAUUACAUUAGGUGCCCUCGAAGACGCAAUCAGGGAGUUUAGACAUUACAUUAGGUGCCCUCGAAGGUGCAAUCAGGGAGUUUAGACAUUACAUUAGGCACCCUCGAAGGUGCAAUCAGGGAGUUUAGACAUUACAUUAGGUGCCCUCGAAGACACAAUCAGGGAUUUUAGACAUUACAUUAGGUGCCCUCGAAGGCGCAAUCAGCGAGUUUAGACAUUACAUUAGGUGCCCUCAAAGGUGCAAUCAGGGAGUUUAGACAUUACAUUAGGCGCCCUCGAAGGUGCAGUCAGGGAGCUUAGACAUUACAUUAGGUGCCCUAGAAGACGCAAUCAGGGAGUUUAGACAUUACAUUAGGCGCCCUCGAAGGUGCAAUCAGGGAGUUUAGACAUUACAUUAGGCGCCCUCGAAGGUGCAAUCAGGGAGUUUAGACAUUACACUAGUUUCCCUCAAAGGUGCAAUCAGGGAGUUUAGACAUUACUUUAGGUGCCCUCCAAGACACAAUCAGGGAGUUUAGAUAUUACAUUAGGUGCCCUCGAAGGUGAUAUCAGGGAGUUUAGACAUUACAUUAGGUGUCCUCGAAGGUGCAAUCAGGGAGUUUAUAUAUUAUAUUAGGUGCUCUCGAAGGCACAAUCAGGGAGUUUAGACAUUAAAUUAGGUGCCCUCCAUGACACAAUCAGGGAGUUUAUAUAUAACAUUAGGUGCCCUCGAUGGCACAGGGUUAAGAUAAUCUUGAUCUCUUCGUGGUCCUUUUUCUGCUUCUUGUAGCAAUCACAUUUAACGCUUUAUAAGGCGUGGGAACUUUGUCUGCACCAGGUCUAUUAUUCUAGUAAUCCCUGACAUUUAAUACUCAGAUUGUGGCAUUGAUGCGGAUAUGCUACUUAUUUAAUACAUUGUCUUAAUCACGAGUAACAGAUAUAACUGCACUGAAAAACCUGCAUUUUCUUGCUUCCCAACAAAUAUUUCUAAUCACAUUGCUUUUAAUACUCACACAUUAUUGCUUUUUAUAGCUGCUACAAAAGUUAUGUUUUAACUCUAAUAUGUAUAUGUUCUAGGAAAAACUUUCUUCUUUACAAACUACUUUACUUAUGGGGUAUCCCCACCUUAUUUCCUCAUCAUUCAUAUGAUUUAGCUCUAUGUCUUUGUUUCAUCUUAGAGAAAUAAUCAGUGGUGCAGAUAACCGUGUUAAUUAUAUGUUCUGCAUAGUGAUAUCCGUAAGAUGCUGACUGUGUUGAGGAUGUGUGUGGCCUGAUUAUUUGGUUUUAUUGCAGCUUCAGAAAGCAAUAGAAGGGACAGCUCAGUCUGGUGUCCGAUUACGUCCUCCUUUUGCCAGUUUCCGUGAUGCCAGCCGCAAUUUGUCUCAGAAGAAAGUCCACAGACCAGAGCCUAAAUCUCCUCCCUCUCCUGACCCUUCAGUGCUCCUCGAUGAACCCACCAUCAUUGCCACCCCAGAUUCCGAACUGGACGAUUUGUCAGGGCAAGGGUCUGAAAAUGUGUCACAGAUUCUCAAAGACUUUCAGGUGCCAUCAGAUCAUAGCGACGAUGAUGCCCCACUGUAAUUCUGGGGACGUUGAGUGAUACUCGACAUUGCUAUGGCAUGGUCCACUUACAUUUCAUUUAUCUUAAGUGGUACCAAAAAUACAGGACACUAUGUGCUGCAACAACACCACAAGGUAUCACAUAACAAGGUAUUAUCUUACCUCAUUACAAGGUAUCACAUAACAAGGUAUUUUCUUACCUCAUUACAAGGUAUAUUACAAGGUAUUAUCUUACCUUAUUACAAGGUAUCACAUUACAAGGUAUCAUCUUACUUUGCUACAAAGUAUCACAGCCUUUCUUCGUUCCUGUUACCCAAACAUAUAAGGUGUGUUAUCCCUGCAAAAUCAUGUCACUGAGGAGCGUGGAAACAUUUUAAAUAAUGUAUAUGGUAUCUUUUGUGUAUGGGACAGCAUAAAAUGAUGUAAAAAUGUCAGAUUGGAGAACAUUAUAAUCAAAGCUGGAAGUGCACUCAGCUCCUCACUAGGGAAUCCAGGGUGCUCUUGAAAAAGUCCCAGUACCCAAAAGGACCAAGCGGAUAAAUUUGUAGAAAAUAAUCCAGGCACUCCAAUAGUUUCCAAUUCUUAAGGCAAUUUAUUUGGACCAGGAACUACAAAGCAACGUUUCAGCCCCAACAGCUUGAAAAAAGCCCUGUUGGGGCUGAAACGUUGCUUUGUAGUUCCUGGUCCAAAUAAAUUGCCUUAAGAAUUGGAAACUAUUGGAGUGCCUUGAUAAUUUUCUACAGAUUGGAGAACAUUAUCCAGAAGCUGCUGUUUUACCCAGUUUUGCCUGGUGCCCUGCCCUCACCAGCUGUGUCCGCACACAGAGCAAGUGGAUGCCAAGUGCUUUUUCUAUCGAAUUCUGAAAGCUGGGAUUCUAUGCUUGUAACGUUGCCGCAGGAUUCAUCAUGUCCAAUGAUUCCAGACAUGACUUUUAAAUGGACAAAAAACACAAUCCGUACAUCUUCAGGCUAAGGCUUCCUGUGAACUUUCUAAAAUCAUUAUAUUGUGCAGGGGUGGGAGGCCUAUGGGGAUUCAGAAACCACACACAUUUUUACAGAGAGUUUGAAGGACAGAGUUUUCGUGGGUAACAGAGUAUGUUAGUUAAUUAGGUAAUAGAGUAUGCAAGCUAUUUAUAUUUAAAUAUCACGAGCAGAGAAAGCACCGAGAGUGGAUUAACACAAUACGGAAAAUAAAAUGGGACUGACACGGUCACGUGGUAGCUCUAAUGAUGUUAAAUUCUGCAUUUUCUGAGAAUGUAUUUAAAACAAUCACAGUGCAAUUUCAGAGCACACUCGAGGAACAAAUUCACAUUACUGGGGGUUUACUGAAUAACUUCCCCAUUAAAAUCAGUUCUCUUUGUAAUAAAUGAUUUAUUUACACUACAUCUCCUUAUCUCUGAUUUACUUUCCAUGUUGGGUUUUAUCUCAGUUUCACAAUCCCUGUAACUGUGGGUGUCAUGGCACAGCCUGACCCCUGCAGACAGUAAUGUGUGGCCACCCCUUUAAGAGACCUGCCACAGCACAGCCUGAGCCCUGUAGACAGAAGCAUCCCAGUCAGGUUCUCUG